AUGGGUCUUCGUAAAAGGGCAUACGAUUUCAGAAAAUGCUAUGCAUUGAUAAUUCCGCAUAAUAUGCUUCCUAACCCAGGUCUCAUACACCUCGCUCACUCAUAUGAUAAGCUUGUGAAAUGUAUUGUUGAAAAAGCAUCGUCACUGACUCCUUUAUCUGUGUGUCCUGUUUGACUGGCAGAGAUCACGGGAAACUCUGAGGACAUUCCUCUGGUGCGAUGGCGGCAACAGUGGCUGGAGAACGGCACGCUGCUCUUUCAUGUCCACCACCAAGAUGGCAGCCAGAACCUCCCCGGCCUCUCCGCCACAGAUGACCCUGCCAGCGACUCUGCAGAGGAGGAGCUACGCAUCCUCCACAUCUCUGUCAUGGUAUGGUACUGUGCUGGCUAGGGUUGGAAUGGGGGGGGGGGGUUUAUUGUGAUGUUUGAUCAUGAUGUUUAAUUAACAAGGAUGUUACUUUCAAAUUAUUUACACUGCUCUAAUAUAAGUAUUAGAACUUGGUGCAUUUCUUGGUACAUGUGGACAUGGUACAAAGAAAGGUUUGGGCUGAAUAGCUACAUAGAUGGAUGACAGACAUUCAAUGCAAAGUAGACAUCUAGACAUUUGAACAAAUUAUUCAGCUUUAGAAAAAUUAUUCUAGUAGCUACUAGGUACAUUGCACAGACACUUGUUGAAUGUCAAAUAAUAUACUGACCUUGAGUCUCCUCUUCAUGGUUUGCAUGCAUUAGUACACAAUGAAAAAGUAGACUGAAAGAGGACAACAUUUUCAUAUUUAUUUUCAGUUAAUUUUUUCUGUGCGACAGUGGUCUGCCGGUAACCUUGUUUUUACCAUCUCAUAUUUUCCUCCAUAUCUAUAUGUAACAUCCCCUUGCUAUCUCCUCAUGCUAAAAGCUGCUUGACAAUACAGUCACAAAGCUCUUGUGGAGGUGUGAAAGGAUUAGCAUGCAGACAGGACAGACCUACUGUAGCAACAGAUGGCUGCUGUGAGGUGAUCCCGCUCCGGCCUCGCUCGCUGCAGCUUGUGGCUCGGUUGGAGGGCGGCCUUAUAAAUCCAGCGUCGCAUCACUUCAUUAGCUUCUUGUGGAUACGGGCAGCCCCACCACUCUCUCUCCCACCAACUGCCACUCUCUCCCCACACCACACCUGUCAUUGAGCCAUUUCCAUUGUUCCGCCAUACGCCGCAGCCACCAGGAUGCCUCGAUGGCCAACGAUUCUAGCCAGGAUUCUACACAGCAGCGCGGCCUGUCAUGCACAGUUCAAUGCCUGGCCACCAGGCCCACCAUGGGACAGUUUAAAGCUCUUGGAUGAAUGCAGUCCAACCUGAGGCUUGAAAAGAGGCCAGCUAUAACUGGGUCUUAAUCUCAUGGAGACACAAAUUCACUGAACUGCACCAAACUCGGUUUUGUCACCAAACGAGGGAUUUCCCUUGCCUAGUGGCCACUCCAGCUGAAGUGAUAAGGGGCUAAAUGUGAUGGAAAGACUUGUUUUUUUCCUCCAGCAAAUAUUAUUUAAUAUAUUACAUAGUUGUUUUGCAAUUGUGUUUCAAAGUUUCAAGUUACUGGUGUGCUCCGUUUGCCACAAGGUGACCACAGUGCCCUUUGCUUCUCUGCCUGAACAUCAUCCAUAAUGGAUGAGUUACCUUGUGUUCCAUGUUCAGCCGCAGGUGAGCUCCUGCAAGUCGAGACACAUGUCCUCUGCUCUCUUUUUGGCCCAGAGGCAGAGGAAACAACAAGCAACCUCUAACACCGUGAACCACCACCACCCAUGGAGCCACCCUUUUAGAGAGACAUACAUUCCAGCUGCAGGAAGACCUCUACUGCCCAUUUAAUGCUAAAGGAGAGGAGUCACAGCAUUGGAAAACUUUUGUAUGUUUACAAAUUCUCCAGAUCACUGGUAAAGCAGCAAAGUGCGUCAUUGCAGUACAUUUCAAAGUUCCCUAAAUAUUGUAAUCUCAUUUACAUUAUACAGAGAGAGAGAGGAAAAUAAUUUACAACGUAUUGAAAUAAGAAGAUAUCACAAAUAUAUAUAUUUUUAAGUCUGGGGAAUACAUAAAAUCUAUUGAAUUUUAUUGGAGAUUUGACAUAACAAGCAAAUACAUAAAUAACACUUAGGUUGACCGAGUUUCUGGGGAAAUGGCGACAUGGCGAUGGCAUGGCAUUAAGAAAGAGCAGGCAGAGAUUAUGGAUGAUUUUUUCUGUCCACUAAACAGCACUGAAAUGUGCAAAAAAGACUCACUCACAAUACAUAAAAUGUAAUUGAUCAGAAGAACUCUAAACAGUGUGACUAUAACUCAUCAUUUGCUGUUUGAUACGGUAUAGCAAGGUGAUCAGAAGGAAUAACUCCAACAACAAAUAUUUCAUACUUUCAAUGAAAAAAUAUCACAUAAGAAAUUGAGUCCAGGCUGGGGCCUGGACUCAAGACGUUCUUUACAAUAUUACCAACGGUUUUCCUUUGGGCACCCCCUCAGACCCUUGCACUUUUGGUUUAAGUGCCUGAUAAUACUUUGUUUUAUGGCCACUCACACCCUUGAAAGGAAAUACUAUUUCCUCUUUCCACUCUCAUUUACUCCACAAAUGCCAUCCAGAUCAGAUAAGGCAAGCAGACAUGCAGUGACCCAUUCAUUAAUGCAAGCACAAGCCCCUGAACUUGAAGAUUUACUGGCUACAUAAUAAAGAUUAAUGAUAAAAGAUCCUAAAACUUAAGUUUGUAUUGAUAUACAAUUUAAGGGGACCACACAUAUCCACCCGGGAGGAAAGUAGGAAGAGGACAUUCAGUUAAAGUAAUCUAAACCAAAAUAUUGAAUAAAAUAUUGUGUUUAUAGUUUUGAAGGCUAAAGUUUUUUUUCCGUGUCUCUCUUCCGGCUGUUCCGUUGGGUAGUAACCACAUUACAUUUUUUUUCUCCAAAGGAACAGCCAUAGAAAAGAUGAAGGUCUUGCUAAAAAUCACAGCUAACUUUUUUAUCACACCUUAUCAAUUGAUCUCUUUAUGUACUGUAUGUGUAGGAAAAGCCUGGAUGGAUGUGGGUUUUCAAUUGAAGAGGUUAUGGGGAUUUUUUAAAAGUAUGCUGUAAACUCAGUUGUAUCAGCUAGCCUACAUUAGCAGCCAAUGGCACAGUGUUGUCUGUCAAUCAAACCACUGUAAUUCUCACAUAAUCAAAUUAAACUAGACUAGAAGCUAGCUAGUCAGAGUUGAGAAAAAAGUAGACAGUCUUGCCGAGAAUCAAAACUCUUAAACUAGUAAAUGUUUUAUUUUAUCAAAUUGAGGGUUUUUCUAUAUAUUAUGAAUGGAUUACUAAUUCAUUUCGUUUUCAUGAGAUACAAUUUGUACAUUCUGAAUCUCUCAAGAACAUAUCUUCUUUAAUGAUCAUGCCUUGCAAUACAACAGGAGACUUGAAUGUGUCCUUAAUAAGAAAAAUGUCAGCCUUCAUGCGAUAUUAGCUUUUAUUAAAUAUUCUAAAUUGAAUUAAAUUAUUUAAGUUCAUGUCAUUAAUAACCCAUUCCAAUGAAACCCCAUUGUGCUGUGUGUUUAAUGGGGGUUUAACUUUCAAAGAUGUUCAAUGUCAAAAUCAGAAAUGGAUCAUAAACCAUUAAAAAAUCCUACUCAUAAUUGUCACAGUUGAUUUCAUUGUUGUCAUUAAAUAUGCUUUGUAAGCAUUUAACACUGAAUAUUUCACUGACAGGUUAGAUGAUUUGGAUGAACUCAAAUUAUAUUUUAAAAUGUCACGUAUUUAUGUUGUGUUUAUGUCAAACCCUCUUUUUAAAUCAAUGUUAGCACUUUUAAGGGUUAUAGUUAGGGUCCUACUGGUUACGGUUAAAGUUCCUUGGGGUUUUAUGGCUACAUUUUGAGUUCAGUUUAAGGGUUAUGGUUAAAGGUUAGGGUUAUGUUUAUGUUAAUAUGGUUCCGAAGGUAUAUCUCAUGAAAAAGUCAUGAGACCAGGUUGUCUAUGCUAUGAUGACUACUCCUGUUUCAUCAAUAUUGCAAAGUCAAACAAUGUUUGUUUUGGCUCUAUAUACUGUAUAUUGUCUUCUGGAUAUAAAAUGCCAUGCUUAUUCAGGAUGAGUUACAUUACAGAAUGAUAUGUUAUUAAAACUAUAGUAUUCCAUUAAAGCAUAAUUUCCACCCUUACAUAAGUGAAAUACUUGCAUCCUUUGAUGUUUGGUUUGGCUUUAUUGGCUCUAUACAAAGAGACAGGCCCUCUUAAUGUACAACAUUACACAAGUUUCCCCUACCUAAAGCUUUGCAUUGUGGCUAAUGCAAAUGGAUGGGCCUAAUUGCAUUUGGUGGCAGAUUUUCAAUUGACCUCUGAAGAAUGUGUUGGCCUAUGUACCAGCCCAUUGAUUGAGUUGCUGUGUGCUAUGCACUAGAGUGGGAACUCUGCUGGGUAUAUCUCCUAGUAACUCUCUGGCCUAGUUAUUUUUCUGCUUCAUUCGAGUUUGGAAUAGCUCAAUGACUUUGAAAGUACUAAAAGGUAAUCAAUAUGAAAUAAAUUAUUUUAACUUUCAUUUCCCCCCAACACUGCAUACAGAUUUGCUGCAUAAGUGACCUAUAUUAAGGCUUCAUUUGUUAAUGUCCUUGACUAUGCAGAAUAGGAAAGCAACUUAUGCAAAUUGUCUUUACAUUUGCCAUUUCAAAUUUAUGUGAGCAGGUGAAGCACUCUCUCUAUGAUCCUCGGAUAUCAGUCUGCAUCUGAACAGGGUUUCUCAAUUUCAAUUUCCGGUUGAGUCAUCUCUGUCACCGUCCUCGCAUUUUGUUGAUCUUUUCAUCAUUCAUUAGAUAGUUGAGCUGAGAUCUAAAAUGUGCAACAAAGUGGAAGAUUUCAUCAGACCGUUACUAGCGCUGAACACACUGAACCCAAGAGUAGUCUUUAUUGAUAGAUAGUCUGAUAGCAGCUUUAAUAGAUGCUCUCUUGGUAUAGGGUAUAUUUUCCAAAUGGUUUCAGUUUUUAUUCUUCUAUGACGCUUCCUAGAGCACUGCUGUUCUCAUACACCAUGCUUUGGAGAUUAUCUACAUCUUUUUGCAUGAUGUGCUCUGUGAUUAUAUGGAUUUUGAGUUUGUUUGAUGUUUUCUUGACGCUGUUGUUAAGAUCUAUUGUUUUUUCCUCAAGGAUCUCUGCUAUGCACUAGUGGUGUUUUUACAAAUCUAGCAACGUGGGUUGGAGACUUUGGGGAGUUCUAGUUGAGAGCGGCCAUCAUUCAUCCUUCCCCUUGUGUUUGUUCACAGGGAGGCAUGAUCGCCUUGCUCCUCUCCAUCCUCUGCCUGGUCCUCAUCCUCUACACGCGCAGGCGGUGGUGCAAACGCCGCCGUGUGCCCCAGCCCCAGAAGAGCGCCAGUGCAGAGGCGGCCAAUGAGAUCCACUACAUCCCUUCGGUGCUGAUGGGGGGCCAGGCCAGGGAGAGCCUGAGAAACUCCAGGGGCCAGGGCCACAAUUCCAGCGGCACGCUCAGUAUCCGAGAGACUCCCAUCCUGGAUGGCUACGAGUAUGACAUCACUGACCUGAGACACCACCUUCAGAGAGAGUGCAUGAACGGAGGAGAGGACUUUGCCAGCCAGGUCACACGCACCCUGGACUCCCUUCAGGGUUGCAAUGACAAGGCCAGCAUGGACCUGACACCUGGUGAGUGUAGGUACAAGCACACACACAUACACACACACACACACACACACACACACACACACACAGCUAUGUCUUACUAUACUUGUGAGGACUUUUUGGGGACCAACAAUUGAUUCCCAUUAAAAAUCCUAUUUUCCCUAACACCUGACCCUAACCCUAAGCAUAAUCCUAACCCCUAACCUUAACCCCUAACCCUAAUUGUAACCCUAACCCCUAAGCCUAAAAUAACCUUUUUACAAAUGAGGACCAGCAAAAUGUCCUCACUUCUCAGAAUUUUUGUUGGUUUACUGUUCUUGUGAGAGCAAGGGUCCCUAAUUACAUUCAGCUGCGGGACAAUUUUUUUUCUUGAGCGGAUGGUUGGGGAGCCGGAACAUAGAUUUAAAUAAUUUGUACACUGCAAAUGAACAGCAAGAAUCCCAAACAGAUAUAGUAUUUGACAAAAACAGAAUAAUUUCAAACCUUGAUUACAUACUAUAUGUGACCCAUCACCUGCAUUCGGUCCUAUGUAGCAACAUUUGAAAUAGUGUUUUUUACAUUGGAUAAAAGUAAAGACUCAGAGCUAGAAAAUUGUAUAUCAUACACUGCAGUUGAGGAACAAUGGGAAAGUAAUUCUGCUUUGAAAGUUGAUAAACUUGUAACCCCACUUUUGAGAAAAUGGCCCUUGAAUGUUUUGGUACACCUACUGGAGAGCUCUUCUUUGUCUACACCCAUUCAGCAUUGUAUACACCCUCUUAAGCUUUAGCCCCACCCAUAUCUUUAAGGGUUCACAUGUGAGGCCAUGUGCUAAACAGAGUGAGUUGUGUAGUAAACAGCAAAGAUUUCAAGACUAAAAGUGGUAGAAGUGGUAGCAGCCUACAAUAAGGAAAAACUCCAGGUAAAACUACACUUGAUCUAGUCCUUGGCCUAUAUCCUAAUCUGAUUUUGGUGCAGGUCAGGUUGUUUUUCACAUUAGCGUCUCUGGUAAAUACACACUAUAUCAAAUAAAAUCUACGUUUAUUUGUCACAUGGACAGUUUACAGAAGGUGUAAACGGUAAAGUGAAAUGGUUACUUGCAUAGUAGCAAUAUCAAAAACAGAAAGUGUCCAGAUAUAAAUCUUUUAUAAUUAUUAGAUGACGCUUAUCCAGACACUCUUGUCUAAAUUGAUGGGUCAUGUGAAAGAAAUGCUAUAACCACCCCCCCCAUAGCCACAUCUAGCUAAGUGGAUGGGUCACUAUUGUCGAAACAUGUACACAUGUUCAUGAAAUACAAUAGAUGGCCGUAAUCACCCCCAGACACACCUGGCUAACUUGAGGGGUCAUGUCUUUUGUUUAGAAACAAUGGACCGGCAUAAUCCCAACUCAUACUACUAACACCAAUACAAACUGAUUGUCACAGCUGUAGUAUGAAUCUGCAGGUAGCUAAAACUAACCAACUACCGUAUUUUCCGCACUAUAAGGCGCACUUAAAAGCCUUUAAUUUUCUCAAAAAACGACAGUGCGCCUUAUAAUCCGGAGCGCCUUAUAUAUGGAUCAAUAGGUUAAUUGGUUGAUCCAUACUGGUUGUACACGGCGCUCAAGGUGCUCUGUCAAAAUGUUUCAGUAUGAAAAACCAAUAAAAACAAUUCAAUAAUAAUGAAAUGUUUCAGUACGACUGGUAAACUACAAAGCCGCACCACUUGCAGCAUUACGGUAGCCAGUACACACCGGUAUUGUGCUUACUCACAGUCCCACACCACUUGUGUGUGUAUAAAGACCCCAAAAUGGCACCUUUCAAGAGACACGCUUACGACGCAGAGUUCAAGCUCAAGGCUGUCGGUCAUGCAGUAGAAUAUGGGAAUAGAGCAGCAGUGAGAGAAUUCAACAUUAAUGAAUCAAUGGUACGGAAGUGGAGGAAGCAAGAAGAUGACCUGCGCCAAGUAAAGAAGACUAAACAGAGUUUCCGCGGGAACAAAGCAGAGUUAGAGGACAAACUCGAACAGUGGGUUGUUGAACAGAGAGCAGCAAGUAGAAGCGUCUCUACAGUCACUAUUCGAAUGAAGGCAACAGCGCUAGCACGGGACAUGACAAUCGAUGAAUUUCGAGGCGGUCCUUCUUGGUGCUUUCGUUUUAUGAAAAGACGUAAUCUCUCCAUCCGCACACGAACUACCGUCUCGCAGCAACUGCCAAAAGAUUACCAAGAAAAGCUGGUCACUUUCCGCGCAUACUUCAAAAAGAAGAUCACUGAAAAGAAGAUCCGGCCAGAGCACAUCACCAACAUGGACGAGGUUCCACUCACCUUUGAUAUUCCCGUGAACCGCACUGUGGAGAAAACGGGGACCAGUACGGUGUCUGUACGUACCACAGGGAAUGAGAAGUCAUCCUUCACUGUAGUUCUCGCCUGCCAGGCUAAUGGCCAGAAACUUCCACCCAUGAUUAUUUUCAAGAGGAAGACCUUGCCAAAAGAGAACUUUCCAGCCGGCGUCGUCAUCAAAGCUAGCCCGAAGGGAUGGAUGGAUGAGGAAAAGAUGAGUGAGUGGCUGAGAGAAAUUUACGUCAAGAGACCGGGUGGCUUUUUCCACACAGCUCCGUCCCUAUUGAUCUACGACUCAAUGCGCGCCCAUAUCACCGAUGCUGUCAAAAAACAAGUGAAGCAAACUAAUUCGGAGCUUGCCGUCAUUCCGGGUGGAUUAACUAAAGAACUCCAGCCGCUAGAUAUUGGUGUCAACAGGGCGUUCAAAGCUAGACUGCGAGCUGCGUGGGAGCAGUGGAUGACAGAAGGCGAACACACGUUCACCAAGACGGGGAGACAGCGCCGGGCGACUUACGCCACUAUCUGCCAAUGGAUCGUGGAUGCCUGGGCUGAUAUAUCGGUCUCAACUGUGGUCAAAGCUUUCACGAAGGCAGGAAUAAUCUCUGAACUGCCAGGCAACAGCAGCGACACUGACUCGGAUAAUGACGAGAGGGAGCCGGGCAGGUUGGAUGCCGUAGUCGCCCAACUGUUCAAUUCGGACACUGAAGAAGAAGAAUUCGAGGGGUUCGUGGAUGGGGAAUGAACUGAAAAAGUGAGCUUUACGUGUUAUAUGUAACUGAACAAUGUUGAGUUAUGCACUAACGUUUGAUUUAGUGGUAUCAGACUGUUUCUUUUACUACGUGUUUACUGAAUCAGGGAAAGGUUCCCCUCCACGUUUGGGAGAAGAGUGAGCAAGGCUGGGAGAUAUUGUUAAUAUGCACAUUAACGUUUGAACAACAUUACCAUGGGAGUGAACGGAGUUGUCAGAACGCUUAAUAAAGUUUGACUUUAUCUGACUGUUUUGUUGACAUUCCUUUUAGCACAGCUCCAUCUAGUGGAUGCAUAACGCAACCCCAGUCAAUUCGUUUGACUACAGUAUCUUAUAAUCCGGUGCGCCCUAUACAUGAAAACAGUUCUAAAAUAGGCCAUUCAUUGAAGGUGCGCCUUAUUAUCCGGUGCGCCUUAUAGUGCGGAAAAUACGGUAGGUUCAAUGUUAGCUAGCUAGCUAACAUUAGGCUAUAACUAGCAAUGCAAAUGAGUUUCUGAUUCAAAUAAUAUUAUUACUCAGAUCAUACACUUAACGUUAGCUAGUGAGCCAGCAAGCUAACGUUCGCUUUAACUUGCAAUGAAAACGACUUUCUGACAAAAUUAGAAACUUAUAAUAUUUAAAAAUUGUAGCUAGACUCUUACCCGUAUACAUGGAUGAACGCUUCAUGGUAGGCUGGAACCAUUUAACUCCAUUUUGUUUGUUUAUCACUUGUUUGGCCAGCAUUUUGUCAAGUCACUCCGGUUCACACUGACCGUGGCAUGUUUAGAAAGUAGCCCAUCACAACUUUUUCCAACUGAUCUGUCGAUAGCGCCUGCUAAAUUCAGGGCAUCAGUGUUGCUGAGAAAAGUAGCAAAACUUUUGUAGUUCUCGAUGGCUAACGUUAUAUCGUUCAAAAAACGUUGUGGUAGAAAGGACUAUCAACACAUACUGAGCAGCUCACGUUAUAGACAGAAGCAUGCUAUAUGGCAGACCAAUCCAAACUCAUCUCCCGGCAUGUCCAGCCCAUCCAUUAUCUCAGCCAAUCAUGACUAGCGGGAAGGUUCCUGUCUUUUUCCAUGGCUAAACCAACUAGGCGUGUAAUUUAACAAUUGUAUUCGUAUUUACAGAUGGAAUAGAAGUUUGUUAUUAAGACACAUGUAAGAUCACAUGUUCCAGAAGUCAUUUCUGCAAAAAAUAACGCAUUUUGAUAAAUAAAAUAAAAAGACGUUCAAAUGCCUCUCUUGUGAAGUAGUGACGUGCGACAUACGCCUAGCUUCCUGAAACGGGUCACAUAUGCCUCUAUAUUUAUGUGUGGGAAUACUUGGGAACGGAUUUCCUCAAUUAAAAUCACUUUGAGAAAUGAAAUGUAUUUUUGGCAGUGUAGGAAUGGUGUUAUUCUCUCAUGCAGUAACUGCUACAGUAAUAGUGUAAUGGAUAUUUGUAUUUUAUUUUUUAACCUUUAUUUAACCAGGUAAGCCAGUUGAGAACAAGUUCUCAUUUACAACUGCGACCUGGCCAAGAUAAAGCAAAGCAGUGCGAUAAAAACAACAACACAGAGUUACACAUGGGAUAAAACAAAACAUAUUACAUAGGACCAAAGUGCUAAUCGUGUAAAGACUCUGGCUAUGGUCUGAGCAUGUGUGUUUUACUAAACUGCUUAAUCAUCUACCUGACCUUGAUAAAGGAUACGUCUCCUCAAAUGUUCAAUUUUGUAUAUUUAUCACACUUCCUACAGUAGGCUUUGACUGUCUGCCUCCAAUAUGAGGGUUACAAUACAAACAAUGCAUCAGAUAGAAAGUAUUCAGUAGCAUUCAAUGUUCUCUAAGUCAAAUAUCAUACUCAAGUGGGGCUUAUUGGCUAUUUCGAAUGUACUGUACUCAAUCAUUCCCAAUGAUUUUGAAAUAUUCUUAUUUGUAAUCAGUGGACCUUAGAAUUGAGAACACCCCCACAAUAUUAUGUGGAACGGCAAUGAUUUGGAACACCCAUAUAAUUUCAAUCAGCACAAGACAUACUUUUCCAAAUGUAGGAAAUUACAUUCUAGAUUUAGCUGAUUGUUGAGAUAGCAUGUUGUUUCGAAGACAAAAUAAAACAUCCAGGAUGAUAUUACAGUUGAAUAAUUUCAUGCAUUUUACAUUAAAUGCGAAACUAAUUUCAAUAAUGCAAUAAAAUACCCCAGUAAAAACCUCUCAACAUCAAAAUGGGGUUAAGGUGGUGUGGCAGUGGGCAUGGUCAAUGGUGCGGUUGCCGACCCAAUUUUAUGAGGCCCUCCUGUUGGCUGCAGAGACAAAAUGUUGCUGUUUUAAAGCUAAUUUCCUGCACUUCUACACAUUUCGCCAUAGGGCGGAGAGAAAAUGUUACAGUUUUAAAGCUAAUUUCCUGCAAUUCUACACAUUUUGCCAUGGGGCUGAGAGAAAAUGUGCAGUUUUAAAGCUGAGUGUACACAACAAUAAGACAUAGACUGACCUGGUGAAAGCUAUGAUCCCUUGUUGAUGUCACUUAUUAAAUCCACUUUAAUCAGUGUAGAAAGAUUUAAGUGCCUUUGAACGAAGUAUGGUAGUAGGUGCCAGGCGCACCGGUUUGUGUCAAGAACUGCAACACUGAUGGGUUUUUCAUGCUCAACAGUUUCCCGUGUGUAUCAAGAAUGGUCCACCACCCAAAGGACAUUCAGCCAUAUUGACACAAAUGUGGGAAGCAUUGGAGUCAACAUGGGCCAGCAUCCCUGUGAAAUGCUUUCGACACCUUGUAGAGUCCAUGCCCCGACGAAUUGAGGCUGUUUUGAGAGUAAAAGGAGUUGGGGGGUGCAACUCAAUAUUAGGAAGGUGUUUCUAAUGUUUGGUUAACUCAGUGUAUAUAGGUCCAUUAUAUUUUCUACACACUUUAUAUCUGGUUUUAGUCAUUUAAGAAAUACCAGCCCACCAGCCAAUAAAAUGUUCUCUAGUUGUGACAGGAAAUGAUAGAUUAUACCCCGUUUCAAGACCUAUACCAUUAUAAGAACACUGACUUGUUAUUGCCUCAGCCAUUCUGUAUUAAAUAUAUUCCUUCUUGUCAGACAUGCUUCUUUUUCACGUUAGUCUUGUUUUAUUGGGUUUAUUUUCAUCUGUCUCAUUUCUCUCCCUAAUUAUGAUUGUUCUGUCAUCAUCAGGGAGUGACAAUACAAAGUUGUCCCUAAUGAACAAGUACAAGGACAACAUCAUCGCCACCAGCCCCAUCGACAGCAAUCACCUGCAGCAGAAUACUCUCCUCCCCCACAACACCUCCACUGGCCAACGCAAACAACGUCUGUCCAGUAAAACUCGAGGUGAGUCAUCCAUCUAUUUGAUCCAUAUUUUUGAUCAUUGUCACGUGUACCAGUAAAAUACUAUAUCUGCAUCCCAAUGGCACCCUAUAUUCUGUUUAAAGUGCGAUUCUUUUGACCAGGGCUCAUAAGGCUCUAGUCAAAAGUAUUGCACUAUAUAGGGAAUAGGGUGCCAUUUGGGAUACAGAUCAUGAAAGAGAAAAAGACUGAAAAAAGGGGGCAUGUCAUUCUGAAAUGAGACACCAGUUCGUUCAGUUGACCCUGAUCAUAAUCCACUUUGCUCCAUGACUGACUAGUGUGAAUGGUUUAUUUUCAGGUUAGAAAAGCAAUUAUAGUUGUGUGGGAUGUUAUGGGGAGGUACAAAUGGCAAUGUCACGCUAACCAACUAACUGAGCAUUCAGUGGUAGCUAGUGAACUAAAGAGAUGUUGUGUAGUAAUUUUACAGUUAAAUAGUGUCUACCAUUAUAUCAUUUCCAUCUCAUUUUGUGAAUUGUGAGAAACAAACACGACUCUGGUUUCAGACACUGUUCCUUUGCAUUCUUAUCCUCAUGUACUUUGUGAUUCUCAGUGAGUCUAGGAGAAUGUUCCCUUUUCUGACCUUGGUUGAAAACCUGUAUAGUGAAUAUGCACCUGCAAUGGCUUUUGCUCCAUAAUAAGAACUUAAAUCAAAGCUCGCUGAGGAAGAAAAAAACAAACCCAACAAAACCUUUUAUCAAUAAUAGACUGAGAACAGAGAGAGCAGUUUACUUAACACAGCACAAUAAUGACAUUUUCACUUGGUAUUCCAGGAAGCUUCUUAGGCAAAACAGAAGAUAAAUGAGCUGAUCACUUUCAGGACAGAACAUGCUAAAGAUCCAAUCUGUUAGGUCUUAAUUCAAUGACAAAAUAAAAGCAUACCAUGUCUGCAAAAAAGCCUCUCUGUCUCUCAAGAGUUGUGAGCAGCCUUUGGUCUUCUGCUCUCUGAAAGGAAUCUCUGACAGCCCUACGGCCCACUCUGAAAGAGAUUGCCGCCUUCAGAAUUCAACAUACACCAUUUGCAUAUGUAUUUAGUUCAAUUUGUUUAUUUGGUACAUUAGAGGACAAAGCACAAUGGAGGAAAACUGUAAAUUCACUAUCGGUUUCUCUGCUCUUGAUGUUUAAAACGGUGAAACAGCGGAUCCCCUUGUGACAGCUUUUUUCUCCAUAACAAAAUCCUCUGUGGUUCUAUGUACAAAGUGUACACAGGCCAGUACAUCUGAAUGACUAAGCCCGAGAUUAUGUUUGCUUCAUCUAUUGUUUUUGUUUGGACUUGCAUUUUAAUCCGAGUGAUAAAAUAUGCACAUGCACAUACACAUGUAAGGUCCUUUUGCUAUUCUCAGUGGACAUUUGACAGCGGUAAGGACUGGGAGGAAGCUUUUACGCCUCAAAUGUUGAUGCCUCCUUCAAAUGUGCUGCAGAAAAGUGUAUGGCAAGCCAAACAGCGAAGUUGGAGGGAGGGCAGAGUCUUUGUCACAGCUGUUGUCUGUUUGGUGUUUGUUGUCUGCUUCGAGGAACCCUUGUCUUUUUAUACAGAACCCUUCAGUCUGUUGUUCCUAACGGUAAAUUGAAGUUUUAGACUCAAAGCAUCCUUACUCUAUCAUUUUAAUUGUAGCAUACAAUAGGGAUCCUGCCAUAAAAUUCUUCCACAAAAUAUUUGAAACAACAAGCCCAAAGGUGAAGCUGUGUCUGAAUUUGGAGUCAGAAGUCACAAUCGUUUUUGGAUGUUAACGCUGUUCAAGAUUCUCAUCUGUGUCCCAGCGGUAAUUCUCAUGCAAUCACCUGCUCUAUUUACACAUUUUGGAGUCACUUCUCUCUACAGUUGUUGUGGUUACAAGCCUUUUGUCAGAUUUCUUUAGGUAGUACUCCUGUGGGUUCUUGCAGCUCUCUUCAUGAGCAAUUGUCAUUCCAGUAUCAUUGUCGCUGCUGCCAAAAGUACUCUAUAUUUAUUGAGUUCCGGCCCCUUGAAAGCUCAGAACAAAAUAACUUUGUUGUAAGACGUGUUUGCACCUGCAGUGCACACUGAGUGCUAAGCUACAUUAUAUGUUAAAUAUUUAAAAGAGCCCAUAUUUUAUUUGUUGCCAUAGUGCUUUGGACCUUUGGCCCCUUGCCUAAUUGUUGAGGCGAACACAUUCUCUUCAAACUGCUGCAUGUGAUUUGUCGUUAAUUAAUUGAAGGUGCUUUAAUUCUUCUUUGUAACCUAGACAAAAACACAUUGUAUCUUAAGUGUCAUUUGGAUAUUUGUUUCACCUUCUUUCACAAUUAUAGUUUUUGUCCUUGAUGAAAAUAAUUAUUUAAAUGUUGUUUUGUCAGGAAUUGUUAUAAGGCAUAUUGUUUUUGUAGUUUAUAGUUGUCAAAUUGUGUUUGCCUUUGCAUAUUGUUAUCAAGUCAAUGUCAUUCUGCUGAAACAAUGCCGUAGUAAUGCCAUCUUGUGCAUGAAACACCUUGUUCUUUACAGUUCUUUUCAAGACAGUGCUUCCACUUUGUCCGAUUUGUAUGUUUGCCAGAGACAUUUUUAUUCACCCUUUGUUUUGGAGAAAACUUUUGUGGAUUAAUUAAAUGCAAUGUCUUGGUUUGGAUUUUUAAUGCUAUUGUCAAUUCGAAAUUAAGUAAGUGGUGCUAUGAUUUCAAGCUGAGCCAGCAUAGCUUUAAUCUUUGAUGGAUUGGAUUUGUCUGCUUACUUUGUGAUAGCAAGACUACUAAAACUUGUAAGAGGAGCUAUAUCACAUCCUCAUUAAAUUAUAGGUUUCAGUGGUCCUCUGUAGCACAGCUGGUAGAGCACGGCGCUUGUAACGCCAAGGUAGUGGGUUCGAUCCCCGGGACCACCCAUACACAAAAAUGUAUGCACGCAUGACUGUAAGUCGCUUUCGAUAAAAGCGUCUGCUAAAUGGCAUAUUAUUAUUAUAAUGAUCAUGCUUCUAACAAAAUACAGUCAUUCCAAUGUAGCCUGUAUAGGCUAUUCAAAACAAUACCCUGUUAGAUAUAUUUUGUUCACAAUGCCAAAAUCUUUUAAUCUAAUGGCUUCAAUGAGAUGAUUGUCAACAUUUAUCAGUGUAUUGUCCCCUGCGUUGUACCAGAACAGGACCAUCGUCCAUCUCUGUAACGGAUAGUGGAUUUAAAGUCAAAAUAUGGACUGACACAAACUGUAUUAUCCCCCUACUGAGGAUACCCACUCCACGGCCCGGUCUUAUCAUGCAUCUCUCUUCCUCAUGCAACAUAAUCAAAGCAUUUGUCCUGUUCUGCGCUGGGCAGGGUAAACAGAGCUUGCGUCCCAAAUGGCACCAUAUUGACUAUAUAGCGCACUACUUUUUGACUCUGCUCAAAAGUCCUGCACUGUAUAGAGAAUAGGGUGCCAUUUGGGACGCAAGCUAGAGUCAUGUUGGUUUCAUUUAUUGCGACAGAAUACCAUUAGAUGUAUGCUGGUGUUAUUGUGACUUUCAUAAUUUCCACCCUUCCACCUCAUGAAUCCAUUUAUUCAUUACUUCCUGAGAGAGGGUAUAGCUAGCUGUAUGUCAUAUAUAGAAUAUACUGAAGAUAGACAUGUUUUAUAAAAGCUGAUGUAAAUUUAGCCCACUGUUCCAGUUAUUCUUUUCCAUUAGUACCAGAGCAUGAUCAAAAUAUGAAAAUGUAACAACAAUUUGCUGUUUAACAGACUCCAAAACAUGCCAUUAUCUUUUGCAUGUACAAUAUGGCUAACACUGCUACAAGCAGAACAAUAUAUUGUGUAACUCACAGCUCCAAUCAACCCCCUGGCAGACAUCUUUUGAAACAUGAAUUAAAGGUAGUGCUGAGCGAUUAACCAACAUUUCUGUUAUUUUUCCGUUUUUAAACAACUAAUUGACUGAAAGAUUUUUUCUGUGAGCUCAAUGCACAGUUUCUCUAAAGAUAAAUCAGAUCCAGCCUGAACUGUGCGAUGUAGUAUGGAGUUGUAGUUUGCCAACAGGCCAAUAUUCUACAUAGUUUAGUGCAUAAAACGUGGGAAUUAACUACAAUGACCAUAAUCCAUUGUGCAUCUACUUGUCUGGUCUGUGUUUCUUUUACGCCUGCUACUGAAGAGAGACAAAUGCACGAUCGUGAGGUGAUAUAGAGGGAAGCUGUUGGUUCGUGAGGUAUCUCUACCUGAAAAUGUAUAGUUGGUAUUUAGCAGUCAUUAAAGUAUGCCUUAUUUACAUUGAAGAACUACAAAAUAGUGAUUUUGGCAGACAGCAUAGGCAGCAGCUCUAUUGAGAUGAGAUUACUUGGAAUUAAAUAAUAAAGUAAUCAAAUAAAACUAAUGUAAUAUACACAACAACUGAAAUAUUUUAUUAAAGUAAUGUAAAUAAAUGAUGGUUAAUAAGUGAUAAGUAGUAAUGGGCAGACACUACCAUCAUGGGAAUUGUAUUAAUUGUUUUAUUCUGUGUUGUUACAGCAUUCAACCCACAUAAUACACAAUGCAUUUAAUGUUUAAAAAAAUAAUCUAAAUCGAAAAUCGUGAUUCGUUUUUAAUAAUCGAACCGAAACCGAACUGCCUUCAAAAAGCACUAAUCGCUCAGCACUAAUUAAAGGUCACAUUUAGUGGUACAGGAACGUGGCUAUUAGUACAGAUGCCUCAAGUUCUCAGUUUCACUAUCAAUAUUUUGAUACAGCAACACAUUUUCAUUUUCAGGCAAUGUUCUACUUGUCAUUUUACUGUAAUGAUUACAUAUGGCAAUUAAUAUGGUGAUGUAGAAAAAAAAGACUGAACAGCCUUGCUGUAUAAAUUGCUCAAAAUCAAGUGCAGAAUGUGUAGAUGGACAUUCCAUGCAUUGCCAUACAAACAGAACAGCGGAGACAUAAUUAUUAUGAUGAGAGGUUUUUGUUGUGAAUUCUGCAGCGGGUUCAACCUUCUUGAACCCGGACGGGGACUCCGGCACGGAGGCCGACAGCGAACCUCAGCUGACCUUUUACACUGAUCCCAAUCGCAGCAGGCGCCGCAGUCGAGGUAUGAGAAAUGGUCACGCCAACAGCGCGUGGGGCUCAGGGGGUAAGGAAGGAAUAUUAUACUGUACAUACAUCAUCUGAUUUCAUACUUGCAUGAUGACAAUUAAAAAUACAUACAUCAGAGUAGAUGAAUGGACAACAAAUGUAUGUGCUUACAGUACUUGUGACACAUACUGUACACAUUCUCAUUAGUGUUGUGCGGGUCAGCUGUUUGUUCACCCACACCCACCCGCAAUUGCUAAUAACCCAUCCACAACCGCCUGACUAUAUGUAAUAAAGUGAAAAUCUGAGGCCCACACCUGACCCUAACCCGCAAAUUUAGAAAAUGUGCUGUAAGCUACAGUCAAAGACAGCAGAAUUAUUUUGACAGUGGGUGCAGGAUUUUUUUUUGCCUGAUUUAGAAAUGUUUCUGCUUAUAAUUUCCGACAUUUUGGUAGGCUAUUUGUUAGUCAACUUGUCUAUAAUUAGAUACAUGCAGCUUCUCUUCUGCCAUUAUACACUGACUGUACAAAACAUUAAGAACACCUUCCUAAUAUUGAGUUAAACCACCCCCCCCCCCCCCGACCCUUUGCACUCAGAACAGCCUCAAUUCAUCGGGGCAUGGACUCUAGAAGGUGUUGAAAGCGUUCCACAGGGAUGUUGGCCCAUGUUGACUCCAAUGCUUCCCAUAGUUGUGUCAAGUUGGCUGGAUGUCCUUUGGGUGGUGGACCAUUCUUGAUACACACGGAAAACGGCACUUAAAUAUUUUGUCUUGCACAUUCACCCUCUGAAUGGCACACAUACACAAUCCAUGUCUCAAUUGUCUAAAGGCUUAAAAAUCUACACUGAUUGAAGUGGAUUUAACAAGUGACAUCAAUAAAGGAUCAUAACGUUCACCUGGGUUCACCUGGUCAGUCUAUGCCUUGGAAAGAGCAGGUGUUCUUAUUGUUUUGAACACUCAGUGUAUGUUGCCCUAGAAGACUAAAUAAACUCUUGCUCAACAGAAUAAAUCGGUAGAAUGAAUGCUUCAAUCUAGUUGACAUCGGUAAAGUUCUCUGUCAUAUUUUGCGGAAGAAAAUGCAAUAACUCAAAAACUGGAAAGAUUUUCUGUGCAAAUGAUAUCAGUUUGACCGGUUGUAAGGAAAUAGAAAGCUGUGAAAACGACCCAACAUGUUUCUGAUAAGAUUUCAGUUUGGCUCGGAUGCAUAUUCAAUAUUGGUAAAAUACUAUGAGCUUUUAUGAUGCUGAUAAAGAUAGCGCCUCUACAGAUGGUAUCUAAUCGAGCAUUCGCGUUCUCUCAAGAUGCUGAAAUAAAUAAAUCAAAUUUCUCCACUCCUGUUCCCGAGUCAAAAUGUUGCCUAUAUUUGGUGUAUUUUACUGCAAUAAUUGCUCAAUUCUGCUGGGAACAGGAGUGUCCAGAUUUCAGUUUCCAUUUAACCCAUUUGACCAGUAGGCUACAGUUCCCUUGAUGUGCCAUUGGCCUAUUUGAAGUCCCUGUCUUGUGACUGUAGAAUUUGUAGGCCUAUAGCGCCUCACAAUCACCACACAUAACAUAGCCGGCACUGCUAUCAUCCUCUUUUACCACUUCACCAAAUCUUUCCCAAACAUGACUUUUCUGGCCCUCCCUUCCCUUUAUUUUCAACUCUCCUUUCACAGCUUUUCUCUUAUUGAAUUAAAUAAACUCCGACAUUGUCCUUUUUGCCUCCAUGGAUUGAUGUUAACAUUUUCUGCCUAUUCCCAAAAGCAUUUGGCGAUUGACGUGUAGGCUAUUUGGCGCGUGUACAGUUAGGGCCUUAAGCUUAGGCUUGUGCACUAAUGCCAGAUAGCCUAAAAUAAUUUAAGAAAAACCUAAAUGUAGCCUAUAGAUAUAAAUUGCACUAGAAUGAUAGAUUGAUGGAUUUCCUAAGGGAUUGUUUUCUCUUUAUUCAACCCGCCCGCCGCCUAACUGCCCAACCACCCUUCAACCACACAAUAUUUAAUGACCCUAAACCCGUCCGCCCCGUAGAUAUAACCGCAUGACUGUGGGUUUAGAGUCGACCCGCGCAAAACUAAUACACAUGCAUUCAAACAUUCUCUCUUUGCUAGAAAUCAUGGUUGUUGCAAACAAUGUGCUGUGUUCUAACCCAUGUGAGUAUGUGUGCGGUUUUGCUGUCUGCCUAACUAAAGACAAUAGUGUGUCUAGCAUUGUAAUGUUUGAAGUAAAGGAAGCGAUUGGCUGGUUGUUGUGUGACAGUAAAUACAGCAUGGGGUCAACAGUAUGUUUGUGAGCAUGCUAUAUAUCCUUGGUGCUGUGAUGUACAGUAAUGAUGUGGGGGAACUGAAUGCCCCUAACACUGAGCUGUCAGCCUACAAGCAUCUGAACGAACAAACAUAGCAUGCCUGCCUCAACAUCCUCAAAAGCACCUUCAACCAAUUAAGCUUUUGUUAUCUGCAUAGGUGUCACAAACACAGCAAGUAACCAACACCUUUAAUUAGUAAAAAGUGUAUAUAUAUAUAUAUAUAUAUAAUAGAAGGUGUGUUUCUAUACAUUCCCUCGCAUAUUACUUGAACAGCGAAGCUGAUCAAAAUAAAUGUUGAUUUGAUCAGACAGUACAUUGUUUAUUUUUUGUUAUCAAAUCAAGUCAAAUCCAAAUGUAUUGGUCACAUACACGUGUUUAGCAGAUGUUAUUGCGGGUGUAGCGAAAUAUUUGUGUUUCUAGCUCCGACAGUGCAGUAAUAUCUAACAAGUAAUAUCUAACAAUUUCACAACAUAUACCCAAUACACACAAAUCUAAGUAAAGCAAUGGCAUUAGGAAUAUAUAAAUAUAUGUAUGGACGAGCAAUGUCAGAGCGGCAUAGACUAAGAUACAGUAGAAUAGUAUAGAAUACAGUAUAUACAUAUGAGAUGAGUAAUGCAAGAUAUAUAAACAUUAUUAAAGUGACUAGUGUUCCAUUUAUUAAAGUGGCCAGUGAUUUCUAAUCUAUGUAUAUAGGCAGCAGCCUCUUAUGUGCUAGUUAAGUUUAUUUAACAGUCUGAUGGCCUUGAGAUAGAAGCUGUUUUUCAGUAUCUUGGUCUCAGCUUUGAUGCACCUGUACUGACCUCGUCUUCUGGAUGAUAGCGGGCUGAACAGGCAGUGGCUCGGGUGGUUGUUGUCCUUGAUUAUCUUUUUGGCCUUCCUGUGACAUCGGGUGCUGUAGGUGUCCUGGAGGGCUGGUAGUUAGUGGGUUGUUAUCCGGAUACCUGAAAUGAUGUUACCGAAACACAAUACCAUCUAUAGCAGUGGUCACCAACCGGUCUAGCAAAUCAAGUGCACCUACAGGCCUACCGCUGGCCAAUCAGAUAGCUCAGAUCGCCGUGUCCGCACAGUUUCCUCGAGCCUUAAGCCUCGAGCACACAGCGAAGUUGAUAUUGUGAGAUUUCAAUACUUUUAAAACCAUGACUAGAGACACAACGAAUACAGCAAUGAGCUGCUGUUUUUAUGAGUUAGUUCAUGUUUAAGUUGUUAUUCAGCACUGUCAACCCUUUGUUCAACACUUUUAUAAGCCAUAAAAUGUGUGUUCUCCCUAGGCCUACUUCGACUCGUGCUACAACCAGCACUGCAGCUGCAAUUAAUGAGUAUAGCAAAGUGAUCCGAUAAGCUUGCGUUGUUAUUAUUAGCGGCUUGCGGCUUUUUUAACAUCGAGGAAUGUUUCACUUUCUCUGGUCAUAGGAGUAACAGCAUGAAUUGGUGCAUGAAGCAAAAAUAAUGCAGUGCGAUUUGAGUUUGGCCAUCAGCUGGAAGACUGUGUCCCCUUUUCUCAGCAAAGGGACGGGGAGCCUCACCACUGCUCUCUCCCUCCUUCCCUCCCUCCUCUCAGAGUGACCAUCAGAUGCAGGCCAUCAGCCCAGUCAAAGAAAAAAAUCUAAUGAUUAUGCUCACUCAGCUGUGCCUCACAAGUACUACAACAAAUGAUCUAUUACCAGUGUGUUUAUAUACCUCAAAUUGGUCUGAGAAGAACAACAUUGGCAGGGCAACUCAAGCAUAGCCAAUAUGCAGUCAUAAUGUAUUGGGCCUAUAGCCUACUGCACAAACCUCAUUGCUACAGAACAGUUUUUAAUUGGUUAAUGUUGCAUAGUCUUCCUUGUUUUAAGUCAUGUUGUAAAAAUAAAUCUGAGCAGUAGAUCUCGGCUUGCGUUUUGACCCAGAAAGUGAUCUUGACUCAGAAAAGGUUGGUGACCACCGAUCUAUAGAUUUGAAAAAAAGAUGUGCAGAGAGAGUGUCAUAAUGAUGGAAUGUGUUUUUCAAUCCUUCUAUUUUUGUUUAAAAAUGAGAAUGGAUCAAGUUUGGGGCUUUGUGUCAAAUUACAAAGAAGGCAAUAGGAGUUAUGAGAUUAUUUUCCUGUAAUAAGUUCAAUAUGUGGGUGGAUUUCUUUUACAAGUUAGGUCAUGGUAUUACUCUGUAGUAUUUUGUUUUUAAGGAUUGCCCUAAGAAAUAUUCUUAAUUAGGAAGUUCUGCCUGAGUUAUUUUAAAAAUGCUAAAAGGGACAUUAAUCAAGUAACAUUGGAUAGGGAUAAAUAAUCACUUCUAGCAGAGCUGGAGGCUGUUAUUGGCUUCCUAUAUUAGAGGUCAGAUUGUUGUGGGUUGGGGUGUGUCUGCGUGUGUUUGUGUGUGUUUGUGCAUGCUAUAUGUAGGAGACUACCCACUCUUGAUUAAAAGGAAUGAAUGAUGAACUCUGGUGGGGCUGCACCCAAGCAGUUGGCAGGAAAGGAAAAGAACGCAACCUCUGAAAUGCUCUCAUUUGGGCUAUGUUCUUCUUCUUAUUUCUUCAGUUGGCUGGUGGCUGGUGGCAGUGGCACCCUUCAAAGGUACACUCUUAUCAUCCCACCAGCGAGACUUGGCAAGCCAUAUCUCCCAAAGCUACCGGUUUAAUACAGAGGUCCCUUUCAUGGGCAGUAAGCCCAGUGAUGCCUUGUUUGUAAGCGACUCCCUUGGUGGAGGUGCUGGAGGGAAUAAAGGGUGCAUCCCCACUCCCUAUUAUGGCACUAUAUUCCCUUUAUAGUGCACUACUUCUGACGAGAGCCCUAUGAGCCCUGGUCAGAAGUAGUGCACUAUAAAGGGAAUGGGGAGCCAUUUGGUGCAUAGCCACAGUGUGGUCAUAGCUUCACGUGCUUCCUUUUUAAUGUCUGUGUCCUUCUCUUUACCAGCAGGUUCACCACGAAGCCCCAUCAAUAAGACCACACUGACUUUGAUCAGCGUUGUCAGCUGUGUGAUAGGCCUGGUGUACUCCUCACACCUCUCCUGUGGCGUCAACGUCAGGGUCAUCCUUCAUGUGCCCGAGCACCUCAUCGCAGACGGUAAGGGGCGGGCACCUGCCCUCCUGAAACCCACAGGGGUAUAACUGUAUGCCACCCAGCUAACUCACUCCCAGACAAACAGAAAUGAGGAAAUGUCACUAGGCUGAUUCCACCUCUCUCUCUUCCCCUGUGAGACCACAACAGAUGUGCCCUCAAAGCAUCAAAGCACAAUCAGGCCAGGUUGUGGUGACCACCCACUGUAUCAUCACUCUUUCUCUCUCCAUUUUGUCUGUGCUUGGGUUGACUCGCUAAUGAAUUUCAGGGUAGCUAGCACCUGCAGAAAAGCACUACAGGCCAAGUAUUCACUCUUGGCUCAUUGGCAUUUUUUCAGCCAUCAUGGGAGCUGGCAGUCCAGAUAUAUUAUGGAGUGUGACUUGCCUUACUCAUCUAUCAUUCCAGGCCUUGAUUUGAUUCAUACCCGCCACUGUAUUCCACUGAUACUCUGGGUGGAAUUAUCAUUCCAAAAGACAUCCAGGGGAAGCAACUUUGAAAAGAGAUGAAAUAUUGUGGACUUUCCUUUUGAAUCGCAGGAACUCAGAUCGAUUUAGAACGUGUCCAUAAAUGUCUACACAAUCUUAUCUGACUUAAUGUAAUGUCAUGGUUAAGUUGAUAACAAUCCAGGUUUUUUCCUGAGAGAACCUUAUAUCUAUGCCACAGCUGUGUAUGCUAUGCACCUUCAAAAAUAUUGAAAUGAGUUGCCAGAACAUUGUGUCCUAUCCAUCUUUUUUUCAUCUGAGGAAAAGUAAUACUCAGAAAAAGUAUUCUUUUUUUGCAUUGUCAUAACAGUCUGUACUCUAUGGACUGUUGAAUAGAAAAGUUUAUAGAACUACUGAUGUACUGAAACUUUAAUUGACCAGGUAGGUACCUAAACAGUGUUUUCCAACAACCAACACUCCCUUCCCUUGUCCUCAGGGUCAAGGUUCAUUUUGCUGCAGGGCAGUCAACUGGAUGCAUCUGACUGGCUGAACCCGGCCCAGGUGUUGCUAUACUACCAGCAGAAUGCCAGCGGGCCUUGGAUCAAUGAGCUGUGUGGCCGCCGCAUUCUGGACCCCUGUGAACACCAGUGUGAUCCAGAGACAGGUACUAUACUGCAUAAUCACCGAUUCUCACACUCUAACAAUUAUACUGUAUCUGUGUGCAUUCACUGAAAUUCAAUAUUGAAUUGAAUUGAUUUUUUUUUUUUUGGGGGGGUGGAUAAUAUAACAAGAUAUGCAUUGGAUCCACAGAGGAUAGCACUUAAAUUCAUUAAUUCAAACACUUGUUACCAAAGUGGCCCUCAAAUGUUUAUGUACAGAAAACAAGAAAGAUGCAAAACAGAAUGGAAUAAUGUAUUUGUUGUUGUAUCACAGGUGAGUGACAGAGUGGCUAGCUAAAUAGAAAGAAAGUAAACUAAAGUAAACUAAAUGACUAAAAUGUAAAAUGUAAACGUUUUUUUGCAGCAAAGCCUAGAUACAGUAUACAGUAUAGCCAUACUGUAAGGACCAGUAUCUUGAUCCUCAAUUGGGUUGAAUGUCCAUUGAUUAGUUCAUUAAAAUGAUUUAGCAUCACUUGUCAACAAUUGAUGAGCAUUCACAGUUUUAUAAUUAUUCCUAACAAUAACCUUCCUCCCACAGCCAGUUGUUGACAAUAGAGCUCUGAUUCGCCAGCAAAACAGUUUGUCCCUCCCCACCCACACCAACUAGUUUGUGUUGACACAGUCAUACUUUUAUUAAGCUACAUCUAAAGCCAGUCACAGUAAAAUGAGCUCUUUUGAAACACAGCUGGGUACGAGAGAUGAGAUUGAAAAGUGAUUCUCUGUCUUUUGAAAUAGCUUGCAAUUAUGAAAUGUAAAAUUAAAUGUAAUUAUGUUCAAGAAUUGAGUUUGCAUACUGUUAAAAAAAAAACUCUAACUGAAGUUAUAGAUACAAGAUAAUAAUGAUACACAUUGGACAAUUAUUUGAGCAAGUACAGGUAACUGCCAAAAUAAAGGAAACACCAACAUAAAGUGUCUUAAUAGGGCGUUGGGCCACCACGAGCCAGAACAGCUUCAAUGCACCUUGUCAUUGAUUCUGCAAGUGUCUGGAACUCCAUUGGAGGGAUGCGACACCAUUCUUCCACAAUAAAUUCCAUCAUUUGGUGUUUUGUUGAUGGUGGUGGAAAACACAGUUUCAGGCGCUGCUCCAGAAUCUCCCAUAAGUGUUCAAUUGGGUUGAGAUCUGGUGACUGAGACGGCCAUGGCAUAUGGUUUACAUUGUUUUCAUGCUCAUCAAACCAUUCAGUGACCACUCGAAGCCCUGUGGAUGGGGGCAUUGUAUCAUCCUACGGGGGCAUAGCCAUGGCAGCCAUAUACAGUACAUGACCCUAAGCAUGAUGAGAUGUCAAUUGCUUAAUUACAGUAACUCAGGAACCACACCUGAGUAUCCCUCAUUUACACAGUGCUUGCCUACGGAGCUGUGAGGGGAACGGCACCUCCUUACCUUCAGGCUCUGAUCCUACACCCAAACGAGGGCACUACGUUCAUCCACCUCUGGCCUGCUAGCCCCCCUACCUCUAUGGAAGCACAGUUCCCGCUCAGCCCAGUCAAAGCUAUUCGCUGCUCUGGCACCCCAAUGGUGGAACAAGCUCCCCCAUGAUGCCAGGACAGCGGAGUCACUGACCACCUUCCGGAGACACUUGAAACCCUACCUCUUUAAGGAAUACCUGGAAUAGUAUAAUAGUAAUCCUCUACCCCCCCCUUUACUACCACUGUCUUUUGUCUAAACUAACACCUGACUUAUUUCACCUGCUAGCACUGACUUGUUUAAAGAAAUGUACUUAUUGUGAUCGAGAUGUAGUUGUCCCACUGGCUAUCCUAAGUUGAAUGCAUCACUUUGUAAGUCGCUCUGGAUAAGAGCGUCUGCUAAAUGACUUAAAUGUAAAUGUAAAAUUUACUUAAGUGUUUCCAUUAUUUUGGCAGUUACCUGUAUGAUACUAUACCUACAAGUAGGAGACCAUAAUUGUUAAAAUACCUUUAAAUUCCCCUGUCCAACAUACAAUAGUUAGACAAUUUAGAGUCCACCUGUGGUCCCACAGUUGACAGUGCAUGUCAGAGCAAAAACCAAACCAUGAGGUUGAAGGAAUUGUCCGUAGAGCUCCGAGACAGGAUUGUGUCGAGGUACAAAUCCGGCGAAGGGUACCAAAAAAUUUCUGCAGCAUUGAAGGUCCCCAAGAACACAGUUCUCUUCCUAGAGCUGGCCGCCCAGCCAAACUGAGCAAUCGUGGGAGAAGGGCCUUGGUCAGGGAGGUGACCAAGAACCCGAUGGUCACUCUGACAGAGCUCCAGAGUUCUCCGGUGGAGAUGGGAGAACUUCAAGAAGGACAACCAUCUCUGCAGCACUCCACCAAUCAGGCCUUUAUGGAAGAGUGGCCUGACGGAAGCCACUCCUCAGUAAAAGGCACAUGACAGCCCGCUUGGAGUUUGCCAAAAGGCACCUAAAGGACUCUCAGACCAUGAGAAACAAGAUUCUCUGGUCUGAUGAAACCAAGAUUGAACUCUUUGGCCUGAAUGCCAAGCAUCACAUCUGGAGGAAACCUGAUACCAUCCCUACGGUGAAGCAUGGUGGUGGCAGCAUCAUGCUGUGGGGAUGUUUUUCAGCGGCAGGGACUGGGAGACUAGUCAGGAUCGAGGGAAAGAUGAAUGUAGCAAAGUACAGAGAGAUUCUUGAUGAAAACCUGCUCCAGAGUGCUCAGGACCUCAGACUGGGGCAAAGGUUCACCUUCCAACAGGACAACGACCCUAAGCACACAGCCAAGACAACGCAGGUGUGGCUUCGGGAAAAGUCUCUGAAUGUCCUUGAGUGGCCCAGCCAGAGCCCGGACUUGAACCUGAUCGAACAUCUCUGGAGAGACCUGAAAAUAGCUGUGCAGCAACUCUCCCCAUCCAACCUGACAGAGCUUGAGAAGAGAAGAAUGGGAGAAACUCCCCAAAUACAGGUGUGCCAAGCUUGUGCGUCAUACCCAAGAAGACUCGUGGCUGUAAUCGCUGCAAAAGAUGCUUCAACAAAGUACUGAGUAAAGGGUCUGAAUACCUAUGUAAAUGUGAUAUUUCCGUUUUUUAUUUGUAAUACAUUUGCAAAAAUUCCUGAAAACCUGUUUUUGCUUUGUCAUUAUGGGGUAUUAUGUGUUGAUUGAUGAGGGAAAAAAACAUUUAAUCAAUUUUAGAAUAAGGCUGUAACGUAACAAAAUGUGGAAAAAGUCAACGGGUCUGAAUACUUUCCGGAUUCACUGUAUAUACAGUACCAGUCAAAAGUUUGGACACACCUACUCAUUCAAGGGUUUUUCUUUAUUUUUACUAUUUUCUACAUUGUAGAAUAAUAGUGAAGACAUCAAAACUAUUAAAUAACACAUAUGGAAUCAUGUAGUAACCAAAAAAGUGUUAAACAAAUCAAAAUGUAUUUUAUAUUUGAGAUUCUUCAAAUAGCCACCAUUUGCCUUGAUAACAGCUUUGUGCACUCUUGACAUUCUCUCAACCAGCUUCACCUGGAAUUAUUUUCCAACAGUCUUGAAGGAGUUCCCACAUAUGCUGAGCACUUGUUGGUUGCUUUUCCUUCACUCUGCCGUCCGACUCAUCCCAAACCAUCUCAAUUGGGUUGAGGUCGGGGGAUUGUGGAGGCCAGGUCAUCUGAUGCAGCACUCCAUCACUCUCCUUCUUGGUCAAAUAGCCCUUACACAGCCCGGAGGUGUGUUGGGUCAUUGUCCUGUUGAAAACAAAUGAUAGUCCCACUAUGCUCAAACCAGAUGGGAUGACAUAUCACUGCAGAAUGCUGUGGUAGCCAUGCUGGUUAAGUGUGCCUUGAAUUCUAAAUAAAUCACAGACAGUGUCACCAGCAAAGCACCCCCACACCAUAACACCACCUCCUCCAUGCUUUACGGUGGGAACUACACAUGCAGAGAUCAUCCGUUCACCCACGCCGCGUCUCACAACAACACGGCGGUUGGAAGCAAAAAUCUCCAAUUUGGACUCCAGACCAAAGGACACAUUUCCACCGGUCUAAAGUCCAUUGCUCGUGUUUCUUGGCCCAAGCAGAUCUCUUCUUCUUAUUUGUGUCCUUAAGUAGUGGUCUCUUUGCACAAUUCGACUAUGAAGGCCUGAUUCACACAGUCCCCUCUGAACAGUUGAUGUUGAGAUGUGUCUGUAAUUGAACUCUGUGAAGCAUUUAUUUGGGCUGCAAUUUCUGAGGCUGUUAACUCUAAUGAACUACAUCUGGGUCUCCCAUUCCUGUGGUGGUCCUCAUGAGAGCCCGUUUCAUCAUAGCGCUUGAUGGUUUUUGCGACUGCAUUUUAAGAAACUUUCAAAGUUCUUGAAAUUGUCGAUAUUGACUGACCUUCACAUCUUAAAGUAAUGAUGGAUUGUCAUUUCUCUUUGAUUAUUUGAGCUGUUCUUGCCAUAAUAUGAAUUUGGUCUUUUACCAAAUAGGGCUAUCUUCUGUAUACCCCCCUACCUUGUCACAACACAGCUGAUUGGCUCAAACGCAUUAAGAAGGAAAUAAAUUCCACAAAUUAACUUUUAACAAGGCACACCUGUUAAUUGAAAUGCAUUCCAGGUGACUACCUCAUGAAGCUGGUUGAGAGAAUGCCAAGAGUGUGCAAAGCUGUCAUCAAGGCAAAGGGUGGCUAUUUGAAGAAUCUCAAAUAUAAAAUAUAUUUUGAUUUGUUUAACACUUUUUUGGUUAGUACAUAAUUCCAUAUGAGUUAUUUCAUAGUUUGUUAUUUUAUGUCUUCACUAUUAUUCUACAAUUUAAAAAAUAGUAAAAAUAAAGAAAAACCCUUGUAUGAGUAGGUGUGUCCAAACUUAUGACUGGUAGUGUAUAUAUUCUUUAAUUUAUAUUCAUUAAUACUGCCAGGUUUUGUUGUUGAUUUUCAGCUAGUGUCACGACUUCCGCCGAGGCUGCCUCCCCUCCUUGUUCGGGCAGGUUUCGGCGUUCGUCGUCACCGGCUUACUAGCUACUGCCGCUCCCAUUCUCAUCACUCCACUUGUCUUGUCUUGUCAGUCACUCACACCUGGUGCUCAUCCCCUAAUUAGUCUGUGUAUAAGUGUUCCCUCUGCCCCCUUGUCUUUGUGAGUGAUUGUUCUAUGUGGGAGGAGAGUAGCUCGGUUGAGAUACUCUCUCAUUUAUUUUGCCAGGGUUGAUUUUCCCCUGUGUCAUUACAUUUAUUGUAUUUUCUGAGACUGUGUUUGGUCAGGGAGGAUUGUUUCCCCUGUACCUGUUUCGAUUGCCGUUGUAGGCGCAUUGUAUGUCUGGAAGGAAUACAUCUGCAUCUGGUUAUUUUACUCCUGCGUCUGACUCCGUCUAUCAUUCACCACAGAAUCACUCACCUUGUUGAAAUGGAGUCAGCAGGAGAAGACCGCAUGCCUGGAGUCGUGGCAAGGGUCCAGGAGCAUUCCACGAUGCUGGCCAGCUUGGGGGAAUCGAUGGAUCGUGUUCUUCAGGUCGUCCAACGCCUGGAGAGGAGAGGACCCGAUCUGUCGAGACCAGCUGGCCAACCGGAUCCAACCACCUACAUCCCAGCACCCGGAGGGAUCCAGAUAUCCUGGCCACCGGCAUUUGAUGGGACGGCAGCGCGCUGUAAAGGAUUCCUUCUCCAACUGGAGCUGUAUUUCUCCAGCAUCAGGCCGGCGUCAUUGGAGCGGGACAAGGUAUCCGUCCUCGUUUCCUGCAUCUGUGGGAAGGCCCUGGAGUGGGCCAGCGCGGUGUGGAACGAAGGAGGAGCCGCGUUGGAGGACUACAGGGAGUGCGCUCGCCUCUUUCGGGUGGUUUUCGAUCACCCUCCCGAGGGUCGAGAGGUAGGCGAGUGGCUGGUCCAGCUGAGGCAGGGGACGAGGACCACACAGGACUACGCGCUGGAGUUCCGGAUGCUGGCGGCGUGGUCCGGGUGGAACGAGCGGGCCCUGAUCGACCAUUUCCGGUUUCACCUACGGGAGGACGUCCGACGGGAGCUAGCCUGCCGGGAUGCCAUGCUAUCGUUCUCCCAACUGGUGGACAUGGCCAUCCGGCUGGACAAUCUGCUGGCAGCCAGAGGACAUCCUGGUAGGGGUCUGCCCGUUCCCACACCGGACGACUCGGAUCCCGAGCAGAUGCAGCUGGGUGGAGCCGCCGGUCGAGAGCGGAGGAGGACAGUGACAGUGCCACUCUGGUGGCACGAAGGGACAAUACACCUCACGUCGCAGUCAACGUUCUUUUGGGUCUGGAGGUGGUAGGCAGGGCACUCACGCAUCACCCCAGGUAUCGAACACCCACACUUGUUCAGAACCCUUUGCGGCGCACUGUACCCUAUCUAUCUCCUUUCCCAAUCACAUGGUAGUUCCCCAGUGUAAGGCGCUAGUCGAUUCAGGCGCAGCUGGGAACUUUAUGGGCAUUUGCACGCCGUCAAGGCAUUUCAUUGGUUCCCCUAUCCCCAUCAGAGCCCUUGAUAGUCGACCAUUAGGGUCAGGGUUAGUUAAGGAGGUUACUGUACCAGUCACCAUGAUCACCCAGGAGACUCAUUUUGAGCAGAUCACCUUUUUGAUUAUUGAAUCUCCUGCUUACCCUGUAGUAUUAGGUGUCCCGUGGUUAGCCCUUCACAACCGCAAUUUCUCAUGGCCGCAGAGGGUUCUUACGGGGUGGUCGCGUUUCUGUUGGUUCAACCACGGUGGAAAGUCCAGACGGUACCCCCACCGUGCGCAUUCCCCCCGAAUACCAUGAUCUGGCGCUCGCAUUUUCCAAGAUGCAAGCGAUUAAAUUACCACCUCAUCGGGAGGGGGAUUGCGCAACAAACCUUCCCCUGUCGCAGGCUGAAACGGAGGCUAUGGAGACAUACUUCACAGAGUCCCUGGGCCAGGGUUAUAUACGUCCCUCCACUACACCUGCUUCCUCGAGUUUAUACUUUGUGGAGAAGAAAAAUGGCUGUUUACGCCCGUGCAUUGAUUAUCGACCACUGAACAAGGUGACGAUACGAUUUAGUUAUCCUCUUCCCCUCAUUCCUUCAGUGAUUGAAUCAAUGCAUGGGGCCUGCUUCUUCACCAAAUUAGAUCUCAGGAGUGCCUACAACCUUGUGCGUAUUCGGGAAGGGGAUGAGUGGAAAACAGCAUUCAUCACAACCUCGGGGCAUUAUGAAUACCUGGUGAUGCCCUACGGUUUGAUGAAUUCUCAAUCCGUCUUCCAGUCAUUUGUGAACGAGGUGUUUCGGGACAUGCUUGGUCGCGGUGUGGUGGUCUACAUCGAUGACAUCCUGGUGUAUUCCACUACGUGCGCCGAGCAUGUGUCCCUGAUUCACAAGGUACUGGUCCGACUGCUGGAGAAUGACCUUUAUGCCAAGGCAGAAAAGUGUGAGUUUUUCCAGCAUUCAGUCUCCUUCCUCAGAUACCGCAUUACUACCUCAGGUGUGGAGAUGGAGGGAGAUCGCAUUUCAACCGUGCGUAAUUGGCCAUCUCCAACCACGGUUAAGGAGGUGCAGCGCUUCCUUUGCUUUGCCAACUACAAUCUGAGGUUUAUCCGGGGCUUUGGCAAGGUCGCAGCUCCCAUUACCUCCUUGUUGAAGGGUGGGCUGUCCCAGCUCCGCUGGUCUGCUGAGGCUGACCUGGCCUUCAGUAGACUGCGGGGUCUGUUCACCUCAGCCCCGGUACUGGCCCACCCCGAUCCAUCACUACCAUUCGUAGUGGAGGUGGAUGCGUCCGAUGUAGGGAUAGGCGCUGUCCUGUCUCAACGCUCGGGCACGCCACCCAAGCUCCGCCCCUGUGCCUUCUUCUCUAAGUAGCUCAGCUCGGCGGAGCAGAACUACGCCGUUGGUGAUCGGGAGCUGCUGGCUGUUGUCCGAGCUUUGACCGUGUGGAGGCAUUGGCUCGAAGGUGCGAAACAGCCUUUCCUCAUCUGGACAGACCACCGUAACCUGGAGUACAUCCGGGUAGCGAGGAGGCUGAAUCCUCGCCAGGCCAGGUGGGCCCUCACCCGGUUUGAUUUCACACUAUCAUACAUUCCGGGUAAGAAGAACGUGAAGGCAGACGCACUGUCCCUGCUGUAUGACACAGAGGAGAGGCCCAGAGACAACACCCCCAUACUCCCGGCCUCCUGCAUCGUGGCGACGGUAGUGUGGGCAAUGGACGCGGAUAUAGAGCGGGCAUUACGCCACAGAUUCAUCUCCACCUCACUGUCCAGCUGGGCUGCGGUACGUGCCUGCUCUUAUCCGUGAUCGUUUGAUCUAUUGGGCACACACGUCACCCUCCUCUGGUCACCCAGGUAUCGGUCGUACAGUGCGCUGCCUGACCGAUAAAUACUGGUGGCCUACCUUGGCUAAGGACGUGAGGGUGUACGUCUCCUCCUGCUCGGUGUGUGCCCAGAGUAAGGCACCUAGGCACCUCCCAGCGGGUAAGUUGCAACCAUUACCAGUUCCACAACGACCAUGGUCUCAUUUAAGUAUUGAUUUUCUUACUGAUCUUCCCCUCUCCCAAGGUAACACCACCAUCCUGGUCGUUUUGGACUGCUUUUCGAAGUCCUGCCGCCUCCUUCCUCUGCCCAGUCACCCCACGGCCCUACAAACUGCGGAGGCCCUGUUUACUCACGUCUUCCGGCACUACGGGGUACCAGAGGAUAUAGUGUCCGACCGAGGUCCCCAGUUCACGUCUAGAGUCUGGAAGUCGUUCAUGGAACGUCUGGGGAUCUCGGUCAGCCUGACCUCUGGAUUCCACCCCGAGAGUAAUGGGCAGGUGGAAAGGGUUAAUCAAGAUGUGGGUAGGUUCCUGCGGACCUACUGCCAGGACAGGCAGUCACUCCUCCACUAACCUAACACCCUUCCAAUGUGUUUUAGGUUACCAACCGGUUCUGGCACCGUUGCACCAGAGCCAGACCGAGGCUCCUGCGGUGGAUGACUGGUUUCGGCGCGCGGAGGAGACUUGGGACGCUGCCCACGUUCACCUCCAGUGCGCUGUGCGUCGUCAGAAGGCCAACGCUGACCAACACCGCAGAGAGGCCUCGGUCUUCGUACCGGGUGAUCGGGUUUGGCUCUCGACCCGGAAUCUGCCCCUCCGCCUGCCCUGUCGGAAGCUGAGCCCGCGGUUUGUGGGGCCGUUUAUAGUCCUGAGGAGGAUAAACGAGGUCACAUACAGGUUAUUACUUCCCCCUCAUUACCGUAUGAACCCCUCAUUUCAUGUGUCUCUCCUCAGGGCGGUGGUGGUUGGUUCGCUCCAGGAGUCUGAGGUGCGGGAGGUCCCUCCACCUCCUCUGGACAUUGAGGGGGCCCCGGCGUACUCGGUCCUUUCCCUCCUGGAUUCGAGGCGUCGGGUUGGGGGCCUUCAGUACCUCGUGGAGUGGGAGGGGUACGGUCCAGGGAUGUAGCUCAGUUGGUAGAGCAUGGCAUUUGCAACGCCAGGGUUGUGGGUUCGAUUCCAGUAUAAAAAAUAAAAAUGUAUGCACUCACUAACUGUAAGUCGCUCUGGAUAAGAGCGUCUGCUAAAUGACGUAAAUGUAAUGUAAAUGUCCAGAGAAACGUUGCUGGGUCCCGGAGAGGGACAUCCUCGAUCCCUCCCUGUUGCGGGAUUUCCACCUUUGCCAUCCGGCGCGCCCUGCUCCGCGUCGGCGCGCUGCUGGAGCCGCGCGUCAAAGGGGCGGGUACUGUCACGACUUCUGCCGAGGCUGCCUCCCCUCCUUGUUCGGGCAGGUUUCGGCGUUCGUCGUCACCGGCUUACUAGCUACUGCCAUUCUCAUCACUCCACUUGUCUUGUCUUGUCAAUCACACAUACCUGGUGCUCAUCCCCUAAUUAGUCUGUGUAUAAGUGUUCCCUCUGCCCCCUUGUCUUUGUGAGUGAUUGUUCUAUGUGGGAGGAGAGUAGCUCGGUUGAGAUACACUCUCAUUUAUUUUGCCAGGGUUGAUUUUCCCCUGUGUCAUUACAUUUAUUGUAUUUUCUGAGACUGUGUUUGGUCAGGGAUGAUUGUUUCCCCUAUACCUGUUUCGAAUGCCAUUGUAGGCGCAUUGUAUGUCUGGAAGGAAUACAUUUGCAUCCGGUUAUUUUACUCCUGCGCCUGACUCCGUCCAUCAUUCACCACAGCUAGAUAUUUCAUUAUACUGGGUUGGUUUUCACCAAUGAAGCCUGCUAUAUUGUAAUGCUAUAACAACAAACUGAGGGGAAUGAGGGGAAACUGAUAUCAACAAAGUACAGCCUCUCAUAUUUACAAACAAAUAAACUUGUAAUUUACAUUUGUCUUUAGAUGUUUUGUUUUUCACCUCUGUUGUAGACAUUAAAAAAUAAUCUUUGUUUAGGCAAAAACUCAGUAAUCCGUAGCCGUGUUCUAUAAUUAUUUUGGGGUUUAAAGGGUUAACUUGUAUCAAUACACAGAAUGCUGGCAGAAUGUCAUUGAAUCUCUCUAAUUAUCAGUAUAAUAUAGAACGUGUGUACCAUGCUACUGAUCAGUAUAGAAAGCAUAUCUCAUGUUAAUGACUUUUGGGAAAAGGAGUUCUCUCCAUGUUUGCAUCCAUAAUUUAAGACGGACUGGUGUCUCCGGUAUACUGUGUGAAUUGUCAGACCUAAAUGAAUCAAAAGUUGGACCACUGGGACACACACUGCCUGGAUUCCUUGAAAUUGAAUAUAUAAUUUCAGCCCCUCUCAUUAAAAUUAAAUAUAGAAUAGGAGGCCUGGUGCAAUGCUUCAAUAAUUGCAUUGUGUUUUUCAUAUGAUGAAUUCUUAAUGCAACCCCCUCUACUGCAACCCCCUCUUGCAGGGUUCUAGAUACCAGCUAGCUACAAGACGGGCUCAAUCCUUCUCAGGGAGAAGAUACUGAUGAAAAGAGGGAUGGGUUGUGACAAUAACUGUGGUUCUGCAAACAUUUCAAAAGUUUGUGAAUUUUAAACAUAACUGUGUGAGGAGAGUGCUGGAGGUGCUAUAGGCUGUUGUUUAUGGCUCAUCUUACUGACAAAUUCUGCUUCCCCUUGAAGGAUAUGAGACAUUUAUUACAUAUAAACAUAUUGUGUUAUAUCUGGUUUACGUACACUACCAGUCAAACGUUUGGACACACGUACUCAUUCAAGGGGUUGUCUUUAUUUUUACCGUUUUUUAAAUUGUAGAAUAAUAAUGAAGACAUCAAAAUUAUGAAAUGACAUAUAAGGAAUCAUGUAGUAACCAAAAAAGUGUUAAACAAGUCCAAAUAUAUUUUAUAUUUGAGAUUCUUCAAAUAGCCACCUUUUGCCUUAAUGAUAGUGUUGCACACUCUUGGCAUCCUCUCCACCAGCUUAAUGAGGUAGUCACCUGGAAUGCAUUUCAAUUAACAGGUGUGCCUUGUUAAAAGUUAAUUUGUGGAAUUUCUUUCCUUCUUAAUGCAUUUGUGCCAAUCAGCUGUGUUGUGACAAGGUAGGGGGGUAUACUGAAGAUAGCCCUAUUUGGUAAAAGACCAAGUCCAUAUUAUGGCAAGAAUAGCUCAAACAAGCAAAGAGAAACGACAGUCCAUCAUUACUUUAAGAGAUGAAGGUCAGUCGAUACGGAACAUUUCAGGAACUUUUAAAGUUUCUUCAAGUGCAGUCGCAAAAACCAUCAAGCGCUAUGAUGAAACUGGCUGUCAUGAGGACUGCCACAGGAAUGGAAGACCCAGAGUUACCUCUGCUGAGGAGUAAAAGUUCAUUAGAGUUACCAGCCUCAGAAAUUGCAGCCCAAAUAAAUGCUUCACAGAGUUCAAGUAACAGACACAUCUCAACAUCAACUGUUCAGAGGAGACUGUGUGAAUCAGGCCUUCGUGGUCGAAUUGCUGCAAAGAAACCACUACGAAAGUACACCAAUAAGAAGAAGAGACUUGCUUGGGCCAAGAAACACGAGCAAAGGACUGGUGGAAAUGUGUCCUUUGGUCUGGAGUCCAAAUUUGAGAUUUUUGGUUUCAACCGCCGUGUCUUUGUGAGACGCUGUGUGGGUGAACGGAUGAUCUCUGCAUGUGUAUUUCCCACCGUAAAGCAUGGAGGAGGAGGUGUUAUGGUGUAGGGGUGCUUUGCUGAUGACACUGUCUGUGAUUUAUUUAGAAUUCAAGGCACACUUAACCAGCAUGGCUACCACAGCAUUCUGCAGCGAUACGCCAUCCCAUCUGGUUUGGGCUUAGUGGGACUAUCAUUUGUUUUUCAACAGGACAAUGACCCAACACACCUCCAGGCUGUGUAAGGGCUAUUUGACCAAGAAGGAGCGUGAUGGAGUGCUGCAUCAGAUGACCUGGCCUCCACAAUACCCCGACCUCAACCCAAUUGAGAUAGUUUGGGAUGAGUAGGACGCCAGAGUGAAGGAAAAGCAGCCAACAAGUGCUCAGCAUAUGUGGGAACUCCUUCAAGACUGUUGGAAAAGUAUUCCAGGUGAAGCUGGUUGAGAGAAUGCCAAGAAUAUGCAAAGCUGUCAUCAAGGCAAAGGGUGGCUAUUUUAAUAUAUUUGUAUUUGUUUAACACUUUUUUGGUUACUGCAUGAUUCCAUAUAUGUUAUUUCAUAGUUUUGAUGUCUUCAUUAUUAUUUUACAAUGUAGAAAAUAGUAAAAAAUAAAGAAAAACCCUUGAAUGAGUAGGUGUAUCCAACCUUUAUACUGGUACUGUAUGUUCCCCAGACCUGAACAUUUUAGUUUGAUAAAUUUGACUGGAUAAUGGAUAAACAUCAUAGAUACACUACAUGACCAAAAGUAUGUGGACACCUGCUCGUCGAACAUCUCAUUCCAAAAUCAUGGGCAUUAAUAUGGAGUUGAUCACCCCUUUUCUGCUAUAGCAGCCUCCACUCUUCUGGGAAGGCUUUCCACUAGAUGUUGGAACAUUGCUGUGGGGACUUGCUUCCAUUCAGCCACGAGCAUUAGUGAGUUCGGGCACUGAUGUUGGGCGAUUAGGCCUGGCUCGCAGUCAGCGUUCCAAUUAAUCCCAAAGGUGUUCGAUGGAGUUGAGGUCAGAGCUCUGUGCAGGCCAGUCAAGUUCUUCCACACCGAUCUUGACAAACCAUUUCUGUAUGGACCUCGCUUGGUGCACGGGGGCAUUGUCAUGCUGAAACAGAAAAGGGCCUUCCCCAAACUGUAGCCACAACGUUGUAAGCACAGAAUCGUCUAAAAUGUAAUUGUGUGGUGUAGCGUUAAGAUUUCCCUUCACUGGAACUAAGGGGCAUAGCCCAAAUCAUGAAAAACAUCCCCAGACCAUUAUUCCUCCUCCACCAAACUUUACAGUUGGCACUAUGCAUUCUGGCAGGUAGUGUUCUCCUGGCAUCCGUCGAACCCAGAUUCGUCCAUCGGACUGCCAGAUGGUGAAGCGUUAUUCAUCACUCCAGAGAACGCGUUUCCACUGCUCCAGAGUCCAAUGGCGGCGAGCUUUACACCACUCAAGCCGACGCUUGGCAUUACGCAUGGUGAUAUUAGGCUUGUGUGCGGCUGCUCGGCCAUGGAAACCUUAUUGUGCUGACGUUACUUCCAGAGGCAAUUUGGAAUUUGAUGAACUGACUGGUUGGAAAGGUGGCAUCCUAUGACGGUGCCACGCUGAAAAUCACUGAGCUCUUCAGUACGGGCCAUUCUACUGCCAAUGUUUGUCUAUGGAGAUUUCAUGGCUGUGUGCUCGAUUUUAUACACCUGUCAGCAACGGGUGUGGCUGAAAUAGCCGAAUCCACUCAUUUGGAGGGGCGUCCACAUACUUUUGUAUAUAUAGUGUAAGUUAUUCAGUCAUAACUGGAGCGUUUGAAAUAUGAAUGUAUUGGGACAAUUUACAAAAUCUAACCUGUCUAACCUGGUAGCCUAUCAGAAGAUUAGAAGCAUGGCUUUCAGAUGGUUCUUUUUGGACACCCGUGAGAGUAAAUGUCAUGCCUGUUCAUGUGUUCUGUUGUAUUGCCAUUAAGGUUAAGCUUGUACAUGAUUUAUUUAAAUUAUUAUAUUUUUUAACUUUUUGUUUUACCUACCUGUAAUAAAAUAACCUUUUACAUACACUGAGUGUACAAAACAUGAAGGACGCCUGCUCUUUUCAUGACAUAGGCUGACCUGGUGAAUCCAGGUGAAAGCUAUGAUCCCUUAUUGAUGGCACUUGUUAAAUCCACUUCAAUCAGUGUAGAUUAAGGGGAGGAGCCGGGUUAAAGAAGGAUGUUUUUAUUAUUUUGACAAUUGAUACAUGGAUUGUGUAUGUGUGCCUUUCAGAGGGUCAAUGGGCAUGACAAAAUAUUUAAGUGCAUUUGAACGGGGUAUGGUAGUAGGUGCGAGGUGCACCGGUUUGUGUCAAGAACUGCAACGCUGCUGGGUUUUUCACACUCAACAGUUUCCUGUGUGUAUCAAGAAUGGUCCACCACCCACAUCCAGCCAACUUGACACAACUGUGGGAAGCAUUGGAGUCAACAUGGGCCAGAAUCCCUGUGGAACGCUUUCGACACCUUGUAGAGUCCAUGCCCCGACGAAUUGAGGCUGUUCUGAGGGCAAAAGGGGGGUUGCAACUCAAUGUUAGGAAGGUGUUCUUACUGUUUUGUGCAGUCAGUGUAUGUGCAUAUGAUACUAAAGAGCUAAAUCACAUUCUAUUGUCCAGAUAGUCACCAUUUCGUCACAAAUGCUUGGAUGCAUUGCUAUGCCACUUCUGACACCAGUGUAAUGGAAUGGUGACCAUCUGAACAAUGAAAUGCUAUUUGUCUCUUUAGUAUCACAUGCACUUAUGUAAGCCUUUAUCAAGGCUUCAACACUGCCAGUGUACAAGCUUAAUCUUUAAUGACAAUGCAACAGAACAGAUGAACAUGCAUGACAUUUACUCUCACAGGUAGCCAAAAACAACUAUCUGAAAGCCACACCUCCAAUCUUCUGAUAGGCUGCCGCCUCUCAAAUAUUAUGAAUGUUACUCUUACACAGAGGAGCUAGCUAGCUAAAAGCUAGGCUAGGUUGAAGAUUCUGUAGUUAACGAGCGACCUAAGCCAACACCUAAUAAUUGUCAUCAUAAUAUUAUAAUCAUUACCAUCACAAUAAACUUUUCGGAGGGAGGCUACAGUCAUAUAAUAUAAUUGGAUUGACGGCAGCCAAUGUUGUAUUAUUCAAUAGUACUCAUAUAGGAAUGGGUAAUUGUUUACAAGUUGCUAGCUAUCCCAUAAAGCCAUCGCAGAGAACCACAUAUUUUCAUCUUUUCAGUCUGGCAGUGCAACAAAUUCAACAGCGAAAUACAUUUAAAUUGCUCCGUAUGCACCAGCAAAAAGGUUCCUCCAGGAACCCUUUGCUACAUUGGAACAUUAAAGGUAAAUCAUAGAACCCCCCCAACUAAUCAAAUGUGCAAAUAUGAACCCAUUGACUGCACUGGUUCCUUGAGGAUCUGCAGGGUUCCUCGAGUCACCCCUAAUCAUUCUAAGAGUGUACUUGUUCGAAUUUUAAAGCUAACUCUGGUGAAAGUUCGAAUUGGUAGGACUCAUCCUUUCACUUAAUCCAUAUUUGUAUAAACCCACCAGCUAUCAAGGGAGUAAAUUACCACACAAUCUGAUGGAAGAGUGUCGUAGAAACAUUUGACUAAGAAAUAAUCAACUCAAACAAAAUAUCUCUAUAGACACGGAAGCCUGUGAAUUCAAGAAUUUAGACUCUUUAUUGCAUAACAAAAAGCCUGAGUUUUUUCUCCAUGGAUAAACUGUCUCUCUCUGACUUAGAGAUCUCUUUUAUACACACAAAUAAACAAACAUGCGCACAUUCCUAACUUAUUUUAGUUCUGCACCGUCCUUCUUUUUCAACAUCCAGCUGUCACAUAAUGUCCACUCCAAAAGGUCAUGAAUGCUUUUUCUAUAUGAAGCCUUUUCAUUCUAUCAUUCUAUUGGCUGCGUAGCGCAGGCCCCCUUCUUAAAACAGAACUAAUGCAAUGCACACUGUUGAAAGCCUCUGUGAAAGAACACAUGCAUUCAUUUAAAACAUAGCAUACACUUAAUGUCUACAUUUCUUAUUUAAACAUAUUUCUUAAUUAUACAAUAUCAAACAUGUUUAUUACAUUUUACCUUUGGCAUCUCCCUACAUGUCAUAAUGAUACAUAAAAUAAUCCUACAUAUCCCCCCUAUGGGACAUUCCAAUAUUGUCCCAAAUAAUACAAAGAUUAAUUACCAAAUAUAUGUAAGCAUAUGCAGUUACUUAUUCUUAGCCUUGCCACAUUUGGUUUCACUUCACACACAUAUUCAACCCAAUAUAUCUUCCUCAUUACUUGACCCAUCCUGAUGAGGACCCAGAGCCCAGUCAGGUAUAGGAUACAAGUCAGGAAGGUUCUCCUCUAAAUUAACCUCCACAUUUUCCUGUUGGGCUUUGUAACCAUGACAGGCCCAUCCACCCCCAGGAACAACUCCAUACAGACAUUCAGGAUUCCCAAAUGGACAGUCCAUUGGUCCUCCUUUAACAUUACAAGAUUUCCCAUAUUCAUUAACAUACUGUCCUGGAACUCCCUGAACUGGGUGUAUUUCUUUGGCUGAAAUAGUAACAUUUGUCUGUACAGUCAUUUGUUUUACUGUGGUUUGAAUCAAAAGUGAUUUGAUCAGAGGUAGUAUACAACAAAACACUACUCCCAUUACUACAAGUGAUAUUCCUAUCAUUAUUCCCAUCUUUGUAAACAUUGCACCCCAUUUUCUCAAAGUUAAUUCCAUCCAGUCCCAAACAUGAACAUCAUACCCAGCAUUAUCCUUAACCUCUUUUCGUAGUCCCUUGAGUUUAGUCAUUGCUUCCGUGAAAGAACCAUCCGGGGCAGUAUUAUUGGGGAUAAAAGUACAACAUUCAUCUCCAAACAUAACACAAACUCCACCUUGGCACAUAUCGAUACUGGCCGAAUGUACAUUUAUAUUAUAAUAAUUCUAGCAUUAACUUCCUCAUACCAAGAAUUACAUCAGAUCAGUACCCUAAUGCAUUGUCCCAAUUACUAUAAAUUUAGUAGUGUAUAAUACCUCCUUAAUCAACAAACACUCCCUUCCUCUACCGGCACUCAAUCUCCUGGCGUCUUCAUUAUGUCCUUCAUAGUUCUUCAUAGUUCAUAUUCCAAUGUCACACCUGAACCACCACACCUCCACCAUCAUCCUGUUUUGUCCCUGUGCAAACCAGUAUACCCAAACUAGGAAGAAUGUUGCAUUUGCAUAGACAUCUUUCCUCACAUUCUUGAAAGAAAAAGCACAAAAGAGAAAGCAUUUGAUUGCUUUGAUUUGAUGUUGGAUUCAGGUCAGAGGUGGGUCAGACAGGAACAUCUUCAACGCCUUUGUUGUUCCUCUUCAGCCGAGUAGAGGAUUUUUGGUUUUUAUUGAGGUUUACACCGUUCUGAGCCAAUUGAUCUCUGCAAUGCAUUACGACACCAUCCGUUGUAACCUCAGGAAAGGACAGAUCAUAACAGUUCAGUUGAGUUAAUUUCCAAUCCAAAACAUCCCUAUUAACAUUGUCUACAUGACAAAUCAUUAUGUUUCACAUUCUCCCUUGAAUUCUUCCAAAUUAUAUAACCCAAUUGUUUUAUUGUAACAUUCCUAUAUUUUUGCUCAUAACAAUUGCUUACACUUCUCUCUUCUAAUAACACUUUCCCCUGGAAAUCUAACACCAAAUACUACAUCAAAUUGUUUAUCUAAGUAUUGGACUGUUUUCCUUAUGUCUAUGAUUCACCUGUCUCUUUCUUUCAUUACCCUAAGGUCACACUACCCCAUGUGACUUCCCCAUACUCUUUGUGCUGGUUUCUCACACACCAAUACUAUUUAACCCUUGUAUUUUAAUAGUGAUCCCUUCCUGUAUUUUUAGUUAUGGUUCCUGCCUGUGCAAGAAUCUACAUUCUACUCCUGCCUAUAUCCCUUCUAUGUCUUGUUCUUCUGCUCUUUAUUUUAUUAUCAGUACUCCAUUCCCCUUAUUCUCAGGUAACUAGUCUAGUACAUAUUAAUCAAUGAUAAGGAUAUCUGGUGCGUCUUGGAGGUCUGGGAUCUCUCAAUCAUCAGUUCCCUCACUCUGGUACAAUGGUUAAGAUGAUACCCAAUACUCCCCUCUAUCAGUACCAUCGUUGGUAUAACCUGGACAACGAUAUGUAGGUCACUUCUGUUGUUAACCUUCCCCCGUCACUAGGGUCUCCGGAUCAGCCAAAGUCCCUCUCAAUCUAUAGACAUCGGUCUGUGAAAAGUGUCCUUCUUUCAGCCUUUCCAUAGGGAAGCUCAGAGUUACUGCUGCAAAGACACAAGCACAGACACACACAAAAGACAACAAUGCUACCCAAUGGCUGAGGUUGGAACACUCCUAUAGUGGGGAACAUGGAUCUUAGUAUCUGUCUCCACCACUUUUACCAUCAUUAAGGUAGCCUACAACCCUGGUGCAGGCCCCUCCACAUAGGGUCUUUCCAGCUCUUUCUUCUGUAGUCUUUUGCCAUCACAUAGUCUCCAGGGCACAGAAAAUACUCAGAUUAUCCUACUCAGUUGGGCAGAGUUAUCUUCACUCAUGAAAAUAAAAUCUUAAGAACAUUGUUAUGUUAGGUGAGACACAGUAUGCUACUCCUGUCCUCUCAUCCGUCAAGAGAAGCCUUGAGAUUAUGAAGCACACCUGCUUCCAGCUUGUUGUCAUCCACUUAUUUCAUAGACAGACCACCUCUACACCAUGCCUCCUAUUACAAAAACAAAAAUGAUUUAACCUAACCCAUAACACAUUAUUACUACUGCUCACAUCCUUAAUACUCCUUGCAUACUUCCCCCCUUGGACACAUACAUCACAUCGUGAUUCAUGUGUACAAAAAACAAAACAAAACAAUGUUGCCUAUCAAACCUAACAUAAUAACUAACCUUAAAAUGACAACCCUUGAGCAUAUCUUUACUUAACUGUAUUCUAUAACACUAUUCAAGGAAUACUUCUCCUUCAGGACUAACUCUCUCACUUCAUCCUUGUCCUGUUUAGACUAAUUUAUAUAUAGGAUUUUUCCAAUUUGUAAACUUCUUCACAAUUAUCCUUAUUUUAUCUAACCCCCUAAUUCAGCAUGCCUCUAGAAUUCAUAGUGCGGGUGAUCAGGUCACACUAUGAAGCCAGGACAGAUUUCAGAGGUCAUUGAAAUCAUUCAAUGAAUUGUUUCAUCCUAUAGUCUACUACUUCUAACAACCAUCAAAACCUUUCAUAGAUGUUGUAAUUCCUUAGUACAGCUCUUUUCAAAAUAAAUCAUACAUAUUUACUUAUCCCUCAGUAAAUAACCCAAAUUACAUGUGUAUGCCCCUUUAAGAUAUUUCACUUCCAUCCUGUCAAAAAAACCAAAUAGAAAUAAAAAUCCUAUACAACUAACUUUUCAUACUAAGUAGUUUGUUUGUGGUUAUUUGAACACCAUACAGUAAAACAAUAAACAAACAAAAAUGGCCAGGCCUUAUUUAUUUUUGUAGCUCCCUAUGACAACCUAAAAAUAAAACUACUUAAUUUUACUAUCUAGUUCCACCCUAGCCUACAGACUUUUUAAACCUCCCACUAAAGAAAUCCCCAUGUUCCUGGAAGAGAAAGUAUACAUGUCGUUAACAUAUAAUCAACAAUCCAAAGAUAGUAAUUACACACAAAACAUCAUACAUAUCCCCAGUCCUAUCUCAUCAACAAUCAUUAACCCCAGCAUCCAUUUAAAAUUGUUUGAUACGUCGCCCUACUUUACCCCUAACCUAAUAAUAUAGGAGACUCCCAUCAAUCCUUAAAAGACAACUCCCACUUAGAAGACACUAGAUAAUAACCCAUUUUAUUAAGUUAACUACACCUUCCACUAUUGUGGGCGGCAGGUAGCUUAGUGGUUAAGAGCGUUGUGCCAGCAACCGAAAGGUCACUGGUUCUAAUCCCCGAGCCGACUAGGUGAAAAAAUCUGUCGAUGUGCCCUUGAGCAAGGCACUUAACCCUAAUUGCUCCUGUAAGUCGCUCUGGAUAAGAGCGUCUGCUAAAUGACCAAUUAUUUAUUUAUUUUUAUUGUCAUUUGUUUAAUCUAACAAAACCUUAUUCAAUGACUACCACGUACUCUCCUCUCCAUACCCAUUAUCAUUUUAGCAGAUGCUCUUUUUCCAAACAACACUCCAUUCAUGAGCUCAUACCUUUCUAUACUUAUACUAGCCCCCCUUGGGAAUCGAACACCCAACCCUGGCGUUGCAAGCACCGUGCUCUACCAACUGAGCUACAGCGGACCACAGAUGAGCAUAUAGUGCCUUUUUCUGAUAAUGUUAUAAUUGUAGCCUAUUGCAUUACUUUAGUUUAAAAUAUAAGUUUGUUUAUUCAACAAAUCCAGAACCCACUAUAAAUUGAUGCUAUUCCCUCAGCAAAAAAGCCAAAGCUCCUUGCAUCCCCUAGUUCACGUAAUGAAAAUACAUUAUCAUUCUAAAAUUCACCAAAUAUUCGCAUACAUUACUGAUGUCACGCAAACCAUAGAAUAAAGUAAUAACAAUUAGAAUUUUGUCAAAUAAAUGUUUUCCAUCCAGCUAUUCAAACUUUCUUUAAAUAACUAUUUCAGCUCGAUACAGUCAAACAAGUAUGACUCUCUUUUAACCGGAAACUAAUUCAUGGCAUUAGUAAAGUCUAUUCACAUCCCAACAAUAACUAAUAAUAUAUGUAUAUUCAUAUAUUAAACUACCUUACUUUCAUUCCAGUCUACCUAAACAAUUCAAAUUAUGGCCAAAUCUCUUAUCCAAAUUGCCAGUCCGCUAUUCAAAUGUAACUGUCCUUUCUGAUUUAGACUAUAGACACUCCUCCUUUCCCGUUGAAUAAGUGAGUCCUUCAGUCUGAAAAGACGCAGGCUACUAGAUCUUCCAAUCUUAUCCUGACUGUUCCUUCAAUCUAAACACCCCACAACUAUAGCUAAACUAUACUUAGAAACCCUAGACUCUGUUCAGCGAUGCAGAAUCUAUGCUUUAUCGAAAUGACAAGUUAAUCCUCUGUUAUUCCAAUGAUAAUGGUCAGUAAUUUUAGUAUCUAACACAUACCACACUUUAUCAGAAAAUAGCUUUGAAGGACACAGAUCUCACACGCUCAACGUACUCAACUUAGCAGUCAACAAGUCAAACCCCACAUUCAUUGAUUUGGAAACAGAUCUAACAACCUAACCAAAUGAAUUAUAUAUAUGCUUCUGAAAUAAUAGAUAGUUUAUUAUAUUGCUUAAUUCUACCACAUGUCCUAUGUACUCUCUCCCAUUUCCACGUCUGUCUACGUGUUUGAGCAAGUCAACACCUAUAAUUUUAUCCAAUCCCUCGUAUUUACCAUACCCACAUAAAAUUCAUUAUACUCCAAUUUAUUCAUAUCUACCAAACCCUUCAUGUUUCUAAUUAUUCUUUAUUGCCACAAUCUGUUAAUCACCAUCUAGUCUCAGCAGAACAAACAACAAAUUACUCAAAUCCUUUCCCUUAGUCAUAGAAUCCUCCUAGAAUCAUAUAGGCUGGUCACUAUUCCCCGAUCUUACAAAAUUCUAUGACAGGCAUUGUUGUACGAAACUCCAAGAUAUCAUAUACAAGAAAAGCUUAUUAUUUCAAUGUAUAUAUAAUUAUCAAACACACCUCUAUAUCUCAUCAUUCAAACUUCAGAGUGUGACUAAUUUACAUCAUUAUACCACUCUUAUUCCAUAUUUAUGUUGUUCUUAAACGCCCUUAAUUACUUUGUAUAACCUACAGGAAUAUUUUAUUCUAUCAAAAGGCCCAAAUUUGAAGUGUUAACCCUAUUCUAGUUAUUAUUUUACGUAGUCAAUUUAUCAUAAUACUGCAUUACCUCUAAAGUUUCUAAAUAUAAUGUCAGACACAUACCCUAACAGAUUUAUCAAAUUACAAUACAUAGACGUCGUAUGACCACACCAAUAAAUGUGACCUGUUCCUCCAACAGGAUUUAUUCUACCCCUCCUGGUAACGUGAAUUUUCUACACUCAGUUGGUCAAUGAAUAUCCUCGCACCAUUUAUUCUUCUCUUUCCUAAUGUGAGAUUGGGCACACCCUUUGUCCAUCAGACAGAAGCUUCAAACAACCUCAAAUAGAUUUCCUUUCCUUACAGAAAUACUAUUUACUUGCAGGAUUUCAUAUUAUUCUCACUCACACAGAUGAGUAGCCACUUGUGCCCAAAUGAAUCAGACAGUUGAAUGACUCACAGCCACCAAGGUAAACCACUCAUGAGCAGAUGAGCAGACCUAGUCUUGGUUUACACUUUAUCAAAAAGUUUGAGCCCCUGUGAUUAUUUAACCCGUUCACCUACUCAGGAUGACCCAACUUUUUUACCUGUCCCACCCUACCUAAUUUUGGCAUCACCACACACAGGAUGAUGACCUGCCCGUUCAGUCCUCUGGAAUUUUAGCUUUCCAAAGCGUUUAUCCACAGGAUUUAUAUUUAUUAGCCCCCUAGGUCUCAAGCUUUCUCAAGACCUAAGUUUGGCAUCACCACACACAGGAUGAUGACCUGCCCGUUCAGUCCUCUGGAAUUUUAGCUUUCCAAAGCGUCUAUUCACAGGAUUUAUAUUUAUUAGCCCCCUAGGUCUCAAGCUUUCUCAAGACCUAAGUUUGGCAUCACCACACACAGGAUGAUGACCUGCCCGUUCAGUCCUCUGGAAUUUUAGCUUUCCAAAGCGUCUAUUCACAGGAUUUAUAUUUAUUAGCCCCCUAGGUCUCAAGCUUUCUCAAGACCUAAGUUUGGCAUCACCACACACAGGAUGAUGACCUGCCCGUUCAGUCCUCUGGAAUUUUAGCUUUCCAAAGCGUUUAUCCACAGGAUUUAUAUUUAUUAGCCCCCUAGGUCUCAAGCUUUCUCAAGACCUAAGUUUGGCAUCACCACACACAGGAUGAUGACCUGCCCGUUCAGUCCUCUGGAAUUUUAGCUUUCCAAAGCGUUUAUCCACAGGAUUUAUAUUUAUUAGCCCCCUAGGUCUCAAGCUUUCUCAAGACCUAAGUUUGGCAUCACCACACACAGGAUGAUGACCUGCCCGUUCAGUCCUCUGGAAUUUUAGCUUUCCAAAGCGUCUAUUCACAGGAUUUAUAUUUAUUAGCCCCCUAGGUCUCAAGCUUUCUCAAGACCUAAGUUUGGCAUCACCACACACAGGAUGAUGACCUGCCCGUUCAGUCCUCUGGAAUUUUAGCUUUCCAAAGCGUUUAUCCACAGGAUUUAUAUUUAUUAGCCCCCUAGGUCUCAAGCUUUCUCAAGACCUAAGUUUGGCAUCACCACACACAGGAUGAUGACCUGCCCGUUCAGUCCUCUGGAAUUUUAGCUUUCCAAAGCAUUUAUCCACAGGAUUUAUUGGCAUCACCACACACAGGAUGAUGACCUGCCCGUUCAGACCUCUGGAAUUUUAGCUUUCCAAAGCGUUUAUCCGCAGGAUUUAUUAGCAUCACCACACACAGGAUGAUGACCUGCCCGUUCAGACCUCUGGAAUUUUAGCUUUCCAAAGCGUUUAUCCGCAGGAUUUAUGCCUUCCUAAGCAGCCUAUAAACGAUAUACUUUCGCUACACGUUCAUAGCGGUAUUCGAAGGACUUAACAUGUUAUUCCUGAUCACUCAACCAGCUGGACAGCCGCCCGUGUCGAAAUGACCCGGACAGAGCAAUCAGCAAGAUGAAUCAGCUGAAUCAACUGAAUCAAAUGAAUCAAAUCAAUUGAACAGACGGUUCUGACAAACAACAGCGACAUGUAUUCUUAAAUUCAAAAGCUCCUAGUGUCUAACUUUCUGGUUCUUAAAUUUGGAGAGACCUACUUGGUAUUUCUUUAGAUGUUGCCGAGCCCCGGAUCGGACCACACAAACGUUUAUACUAUAUUAGUAAGAACUUGGCUUACCUUUUAAAAGCGGCCGCUUUUGUUUGUAUGGUCCGUCCAAGCCGUUUCACAACCGCAGAUGUACACCGUCUCUGAUCCCUAUCAGGUCCCAUCUGGGGUGCCAAAUAUGUCGUAGAAACAUUUGACUAAGAAAUAAUCAACUCAAACAAAAUAUCUCUAUAGACACGGAAGCCUGUGAAUUCAAGAAUUUAGACUCUUUAUUGCAUAACAAAAAGCCUGAGUUUUUUCUCCAUGGAUAAACUGUCUCUCUCUGACUUAGAGAUCUCUUUUAUACACACAAAUAAACAAACAUGCGCACAUUCCUAACUUAUUUUAGUUCUGCACCGUCCUUCUUUUUCAACAUCCAGCUGUCACAUAAUGUCCACUCCAAAAGGUCAUGAAUGCUUUUUCUAUAUGAAGCCUUUUCAUUCUAUCAUUCUAUUGGCUGCGUAGCGCAGGCCCCCUUCUUAAAACAGAACUAAUGCAAUGCACACUGUUGAAAGCCUCUGUGAAAGAACACAUGCAUUCAUUUAAAACAUAGCAUACACUUAAUGUCUACAUUUCUUAUUUAAACAUAUUUCUUAAUUAUACAAUAUCAAACAUGUUUAUUACAUUUUACCUUUGGCAUCUCCCUACAUGUCAUAAUGAUACAUAAAAUAAUCCUACAAGAGCUCUAAAAGAAUCCCAUUUGGAAUUCAUACUCUGAAUACCUGUAACAAGGUGAGUAGGACGGAGCCAGGCGCAGGAGGUGUGAAUCAAAUAAUAGGGUUUAUUAGCCAAUACAGCAGUCUGCAGCAAUGCGUAAACCAAAUACAGUGCGACUUAAAUGUGUACUGGGAAAACAAAACACACAGGUGAAUAUCCCGGCGAUAAAGUAACAUAAUGCUCAACACGAGCUAGCGACACCUCCACAUGGAACAAUAACACACAAAGAAAUGGGGGAGCAGAGGGAAUAAUUAUUCAGAGACUGAUAAGGGGAUAUGUACCAGGUGUGUGUGAAAAAUAAGACAAAACAAAUGGAAUGAUGAAAAGAGGAGUGGCAGUGGCUGGAAGGCCGGAGACAAAGAACGCCUAAGCCUGCCCGAACAAGGAGAUGAGGCAGCUUCGGAGGGAGUCGUGACAUUAGCCCCCCCUUGACGCGUAGCUCCAGCAGCGCGCCGACACCGGCCCUGGGGAUGGCCAGGGGGAUGCGGAGCAGGGCGAUCCGGAUGGCGACGGUGGAAGUACCGCAACAGGGAGGGAUCGAGGACAUCCUCCACCGGGACCCAGCACCGCUCCUCCGGACCGUACCCCUCCCACUCCACGAGGUACUGAAGGCCCCCCGCCCGACGCCUCGAAUCCAGGAUGGAACGGACGGAGUACGCCGGGGCGGAGGGACCUCCCGCACCUCAGACUCCUGGAGCGGACCAGCCACCACUGGCCUGAGGAGAGAUACGUAAAACUAAGGGUUAAUACGGUAAUCAGGCGGGAGCAGCAACCUAUACGUAACCUUGUUCACUCUCCUCAGGACUUUGAGCGGCCCCACAAACCGCGGGCCCAGCUUCCGGCAGGGCAGGUGGAGGGGCAGGUUCCAGGUCGAGAGCCAGACCCGAUCACCCGGUACAAAGACCGGGCCUCACUGCGGUGUCGGUCAGCGUUGGACUUCUGGCGACGCACGGCGCGCUGGAGGUGGGCGUGGGCGGUGUUCCACGUCUCCUCCGCGCGCCGAAACCAGUCGUCCACUGCAGGAGCCUCGGUCUGACUCUGAUGCCACGGUGCCAGGACCGGAUGAUACCCUAAAACACAUUGAAAUAGUGACAUGUUAGUGGAGGAGUGGCGGAGAGAUUUCUGGGCAUAUUCGACCCAUGGCAAGAACACCAACCACUCCCCCGGCCGGUCCUGGCAGUAGGACCGCAGAAACCUACCCACAUCCUGAUUCACCCGUUCCACCUGCCCAUUAGAUUCGGGGUGGAAACCCAGAGGUCAGGCUGACCGAGACCCCCAGACGUUCCAUGAACGCUUUCCAGACCCUAGACGUAAACUGGGGACCCCGGUCAGACACUAUGUCCUCUGGCACCCCGUAGUGCCGGAAGACGUGAGUAAAAAGGGCUUCCGCAGUUUGCAGGGCUGUGGGGAGACCGGGCAGAGGAAGGAGGCGGCAAGCUUUAGAAAAACGGUCCGGUGUUAAAAAAGUGGGACCAUGGCCGUUGUGGAACUGGUAAGGGCUGUAACUUACCCGCUGGAAGGUGCCUAUGUGCUUUACUCUGUGCGCACACCGAGCAGAUUGAGACAUACACCUUCAAGUCCUUAGCCAAGGUAGGCCACUAGUACUUCCUGGUAAGGCAGCGCACUAUACGGCCAAUUGCCUGGGUGACCAUAGGAGGGGGACGUGUGUGCCCAAUAGAUAAGACGACCACGGACACUAGACGGCACGUACCGAAGCCCAGCUGGGCACUGAGGUGGAGAUGGCUCUGUGCGUAACACCCGCUCUAUGUCUGCGUCCACCGCCCACACCACCGGCGUCACAAUGCAGGAGGCCGGGAGCAUGGGGGUGUUAUCAAUGGGCCUCUCCUAUGUGUCGUACAGCUGUGACAGUGCGUCUGCCUUCACGUUCUUAGUGCCUGGUAUAUAGGACAGCGUGAAAUCAAACCGGGUGAAGAACAAGGCCCACCUGGCCUGGCGAGGGUUCAGCCUCCUCGCUGCCCGGAUGUACUCCAGGUUACGGUGGUCAUUCCAGACAAGGAAAAGGUGUUAAGCCCAUUCGAGCCUGUGCCUCCACACUGUCAGGGCUCUGACAACAGCCAACAGCUCCCGAUCACCAACGUCAUAGUUCUGCUCCGCCGGGCUGAGCUUCUUAGAGAAGAAGGUACAGGGGUGGAGCUUGGGUGGCGUGCCCGAGCGUUGGGAUAGGACAGCGCCUACCCCUACCUCGGACGCAUCCACCUCCACUGCGAACGGCAAUGAGGGAUCGGGAUGGACCAGUACCGGAGCUGAGGUGAACAGAGCCCUCAGGGUACUGAAAGCCCUGUCAGCCUCAGCAGACCAGCUGAGCCAGGACGGCUCACCCUUCAAUAUAGAGGUGAUGAGGGCUGCGACCUUGCCAAAGCCCCGGAUAAACCUCAGAUAGUAAUUGGCAAAGCCAAAUGAAGCGCUGCACCUCCUUAACCGUGGUUGGAGUUGGCCAAUUACCCACAGCUGAAAUGCGGUCUCCCUCCAUCUCCACACCUGAGGUGGUGAUGUGGUAUCCGAGGAAGGAGACGGAUUGUUGGAAAAACAGACAUUUUUCUGCCUUGGCAUACAUGUCAUUCACCAACAGUCUCCCAAGCACUCUGCGAACCAGGGACACAUGCUCGGUGCGCAUAGCGGAAUACACCAGGAUGUCAUCGAUGUAGACCACCACACCGUGACCAAAUAUGUCCCGAAACACCUCGUUCACAAAAGACUGGAAGACUGAUGGAGCAUUCAUCAACCCUUACGGCAUCACCAGGUAUUCAUAAUGCCCCGUGGUGGUGCUAAAUGCUGUCUUCCAUUCGUCCCCUUCCCGGACACGCACCAGGUUGUACGCACUCCUGAGAUCUAAUUUCGUGAAGAAGUGUGCCCCAUGCAUUGAUUCGAUCACAGAGGAAAUGAGGGGUAGAGGAUAACUAUAAUACAAAAUGUAUUUUAUUAAGUGCACGGUAAUCAAUGCAAGGGCACAGAACCCCGUCUUUCUUCUUCACGAAAAAUAAACUUGAGGAGGCAGGUGAAGUGGAGGGACGUAUGAACCCCUGACGCAUGGACUCGGAGACGUAUGUUUCCAUAGCCUCUGUUUCAGCCUGUGACAAGGGAUAUACAUGACUCCUGGGCGGAACAGCGUCAUAACCGGAGGUUUAUCGCGCAAUCCUCCGAAGCGAUCGGGUGGUAAUUUGGUCGCCUGCAAUUUGGAAAAGGCGUGCGCCAAAUCGAAGUAUUCGGGGGGAAUGCGCGCGGUGGAGGCAUUGUCUGGACUUUCCACUGUGGUCGCACCAACGGAAACAGCUAGACACCUACCCUGACACUCUCGCGACCACCACGUGAGAGCCCUCUGCAGCCAUGAAAAGGUGGGGUCGUGUAGUGCUAGCCAGGGAAGGCCCAACACAACAGGGAAAUCAAGGGACUAAAUAAUAUGAAACGUGAUUUGCUCAUCAUGGGUCUCCUGCAUAAUCAUAGUGACUGGUGCUGUAACCUCCCUAACAAAAACUGACCCUAAUGGUUGAUUGGCAAGUGCUUUGACAGGCAAUGAAAUAGACAGGGGAACCAAUGUAAUACGUAGACUAAGAGCUAAAGACCUGUCCAUAAAGUUCCCAGCUGCGCCUGAAUCUACCAGUGCCUUACACUGGGGGACUACCGUGUAAUCAGGGAAGUUGACGUGGAUGGUUAAAUGCGCAGCAGAGGGCUCUGAACGAGUGUGGGUUUGUGCUACCUGGGGUGACGUGAGAGUGCCCUGCUUACCGCCUCCAGAACCAGAAGGACUCUGACGACAUCAUGCAGCAGAAUGUCUUCUUCUGCCACAAGAGUGACACUGGAUCUGUCGUUCUCCCGGAACGCUGCACCACCCAGCUCCAUCGGAACGUGAGCCGGGGUGAAACGGCCAGGCCCCUUCCAGGACGUCCUCUCGAAGCCAGCAGGUUGCCCUACCGGAUGGCCAUGUCCACCAGUUGGUCGAAGGUCAGAGGGGUAUCCCGGCAGGCUAGCUCCCUUCGGACAUCCUCACGCAGGCUGCAUCGUAAAUGGUCGAUGAGGGACCGCUCGUUCCACCCGGACCCAGCCGCUAGGGUUCUAAACUCCAGGGCAAAGUCUUGCGUGGUCCUCGUCCCCUGCCUCAGAUGGAACAGACGCUACUCUCCGUAGCUGUCAAACGUGUCUCCUCCUUCAGUCCAGACCGCGUUGGCCCACUCCAGGGCUUUCCCUGAGAGGCAGGAGACGAGGGCGGACACCUUCUCCCAAUCUGAUGGAGCAGGGCUGAUUGUGUUGAAGUAGACGUCCAGCUGCAGGAGGAAACCCUGGCAGCGGGCAGCUGUCCUGUCGUAUUCCCUCUGUAGGUGAAUACCCCUGGUUGCUGGUGUGUGGGUGGCUGGAUCCGGUCGCUCAGCUGGUUCCGCAGGGUCGGAUCCUCUCUUCUCCAGGCGCUGGAUGGACUGGAGAACCCGAUCCAUUGCUUCGCCCAAGCUUGCUAACCUGGUGGAAUGCUCCCAGACCCGCUCAAUGACUCCAGGCAUAUUCCCCGCUCCUGCUGACUCCAUGCUGUUUGGGUGUGUUAUUCUGUAACAAGGUGAGUAGGACGGAGCUAGGCGCAGGAGGUGUGAAUGAUAGAAUAGGGUUUAUACAUAGAAUAGAAUAGGGCCAAUACAUCAGUCCACAGCAAUGUGUAAACCAAAUACAGUGCGACUUAAAUGGGUACUGGGAAAACAAAACACACGGGUGAAUAUCCCGGCGAUAAAAGUAAUAUAAUGCUCAACACGAGCUAGCAACACCUCCACAUGGAACUAUAACACACAAAGACAUGGGGGAGCAGAGGGAAUAAUUAUACAGAGACUGAUGAGGGGAUAUGUACCAGGUGUGUGUGAAAAACAAGACAAAACAAAUGGAAUGAUGAAAAGAGGAGCGGCAGUGGCUAGAAGGCCGGUGACGACGAACGCCGAAGCCUGCCCGAACAAGGAGAUGAGGCAGCUUCGGAGGGAGUUGUGACAAUACCUGAUGCUUAGACUUGUUUAAACCCCUAAAACAACUGCUGGUUUACAUGCUAGGCCCACCAUGAGUUAUUCAAUAUAUCAUAAGUUAUUCAAUAUAUCAUAAGUUAUUCAAUAUAUAAGUUAUUCAUCAAGUUGUGUACAAUAAAUGCUCAGCUACACUAGAUAUGAUUACCCUCAGCCUGGCAUUCUCUGACAGUUAACCUUUGCACUAACAUUUGAGAACCAGGAGCACCCCUCCCCCAUCCCCUGUACAACACAUUCGGGGCAUGUCUGUCAUUGGUAGAAUAGCUAGUCCCUGCUCUCAAGAUGCAUCCCCAUCAAUCUGUCUGAAUCAGGUUAGGGCGAUAUCCCUCCUCCUGUGUGCUGACAGAAGGCAUCAGCAGAAAAUAGCAGCUCGCCUGUUUCUAAUGGCUGUAAUAAGCAGCACUGAUCAGGAGGCUGCUGGAGAGGAACUAGCCUGGCUGGCCAUGCUGCACAGUUCUUGGGCUGCGUCCGCAAUGUCACCCUAUUUAUUUUAUAGUGCAAGAAUAGUAGUGCACUAUAAAGGGUGCCAUUUUGGAACACAGCCUUGGUCUGUUCAUUCUGAUGGUAAGUAGAAAGUAAUCUCCUAUUAGGGAGACAGGUAAAUGGAUAUCUCUGCAACAGACUGUGUCAGAUCCUGCAGCUCUGUGGCAGUACGCUUACAGGGUUUAAGCAGUAUGCUUAUAGGGUUUAUGGGAUAGUGGAAACACAAUACUCGCCUCACGCCAGGAGGAUCUCAGUGCGUCGUUACAUCACUUAUUUUUUUAACAAUGCCAUUGUUUUAUUAUACUCCAUUGCAGGUGACUGUCUCUGCUUAGAUGGCUACAUGAAGGACCCUGUCCACAAGCAUCUCUGUAUUCGUAACGAGUGGGGUCCAAAUCAAGGGUAAGUGACAAUAUGGCCUCUAAUGGUCCUGCCUGCUAGAUAAUACACUGCUCAAAAAAAUAAACAACACAAUGUAACUCCAAGUCAAUCACACUUCUGUGAAAUCAAACUGUCCACUUAGGAAGCAACACUGAUUGACAAUACAUUUCACAUGCUGUUGUGCAAAUGGAAUAGACAACAGGUGGAAAUUAUAGGCAAUUAGCAAGACACCCCCAAUAAAGAAGUGGUUCUGCAGGUGGUGACCACAGACCACUUCUCAGUUCCUAUGCGUCCUGGCUGAUGUUUUGGUCACUUUUGAAUGCUGGCGGUGCUUUCACUCUAGUGGUAGCAUGAGACGCAGUCUACAACCCACACAAGUGGCUCAGGUAGUGCAGCUCAUCCAGGAUGGCACAUCAAUGCGAGCUGUGGCAAGAAGGUUUGCUGUGUCUGUCAGCAUAGUGUCCAGAGCAUGGAGGCGCUACCAGGAGACAGGCCAGUACAUCAGGAGAUGUGGAGGAGGCUGUAGGAGGGAAACAACCCAGCAGCAGGACCGCUACCUCCACCUUUGUGCAAGGAGGAGCAGGAGGAGCACUGCCAGAGCCCUGCAAAAUGACCUCCAGCAGGCCACAAAUGUGCAUGUGUCUGCUCAAACGGUCAGAAACAGACUCCAUGAGGGUGGUAUGAGGGCCCGACGUCCACAGGUGGGGGUUGUGCUUACAGCCCAACACCGUGCAGGACGUUUGGCAUUUGCCAGAGCACACCAAGAUUGGCAAAUUCGCCACUGGCGCCCUGUGGUCUUCACAGAUGAAAGCAGGUUCACACUGAGCACAUGUGACAGACGUGACAGUCUGGAGACGCCGUGGAGAACGUUCUGCUGCCUGCAACAUCCUCCAACAUGACCGGUUUAGCGGUGGGUCAGUCAUGGUGUGGGGUGGCAUUUCUUUGGGGGGCCGCACAGCCCUCCAUGUGCUCGCCAGAGGUAGCCUGUCUGCCAUUAGGUACCGAGAUGAGAUCCUCAGACCCCUUGUGAGACCAUAUGCUGGUGCGGUUGGCCCUGGGUUCCUCCUAAUGCAAGACAAUGCUAGACCUCAUGUGGCUGGAGUGUGUCAGCAGUUCCUGCAAGAGGAAGGCAUUGAUGCUAUGGACUGGCCCGCCCGUUCCCCAGACCUGAAUCCAAUUGAGCACAUCUGGGACAUCAUGUCUCGCUCCAUCCACCAACGCCACGUUGCACCACAGACUGUCCAGGAGUUGGCGGAUGCUUUAGUCCAGGUCUGGGAGGAGAUCCCUCAGGAGACCAUCCGCCACCUCAUCAGGAGCAUGCCCAGGCGUUGUAGGGAGGUCAUACAGGCACGUGGAGGCCACACACACUACUGAGCCUCAUUUUGACUUGUUUUACGGACAUUACAUCAAAGUUGGAUCAGCCUGUAGUGUGGUUUUCCACUUUAAUUUUGAGGGUGACUCCAAAUCCAGACCUCCAUGGGUUGAUAAAUUUGAUUUCCAUUGAUAAUUUUUGUGUGAUUUUGUUGUCAGCACAUUCAACUAUGUAAAGAAAAAAGUAUUUAAUAAGAUUAUUUCAUUCAUUCAGAUCUAGGAUAUGUUGUUUAAGUGUUCCCUUUAUUUUUUUGAGCAGUGUAUAUUAACAUGCCGACUCCUAGUUAAAUAGCUUUGUGUCAAACAGAGGAACUGUGAAAAAUAUAGCUGGGUCUAACAUGAGAUGUGGAGUACAAGCAGAUGAAAGUUUUAAAUCCUUCCCAGAAUUCCAGAAUGCUACCCACCUUUAUUACCCAUAUAUAUCACUUGAAAAUAAUCUGCCUGCUGCUAUAGGGCCAUCGCAGUUCUGAUAUGUUAAUAUGUUUUUUUUCACUAUACACUGCCGGUCAAGGUUUUAGAACACCUUCUCAUUCAAGGGUUUUUCUUUAUUUUUUACUAUUUUCUACAUUGUAGAAUAAUAGUGAAGACAUCAAAACUAUGAAAUAACUCAUAUGGAAUUAUGUACUAACCACAAAAGUGUUAAACAAAUCAAAAUAUAUUUUAUAUUUGAGAUUCUUCAAAUAGCCACCCUUUGCCUUGAUGACAGCUUUGCACACUCUUGGCAUUCUCUCAACCAGCUUCAUGAGGUAGUCACCUGGAAUGCAUUUCAAUUAACAGGUGUGCCUUGUUAAAAGUUAAUUUGUAGAAUAUAUUUCCUUCUUAAUGCGUUUGAGCCAAUCAGCUGUGUUGUGACAAGGUAGGGGGGUAUACAGAAGAUAGGCUUAUUUGGUAAAAGGCCAAGUCCAUAUUAUGGCAAGAACAGCUCAAAUAAGCAAAGAGAAAUGACAGUCCAUCAUUACUUUAAGACAUGAAGGUCAGUCAAUACAGAACAUUUCAAGAACUUUUAAAGUUUCUUCAAGUGCAGUCACAAAGACCAUCAAGCGCUAUGAUGAAACUGUCUUUCACCGCCACAGGAAUGGAAGACCCAGAGUUACCUCUGCUGCAGAGGAUAAGUUCAUUAGAGUUACCAGCCUCAGAAAUUGCAGCCCAAAUAAAUUCUUCACAGAGUUCAAUUACAGACACAUCUCAACAUCAACUGUUCAGAGGAGACUGUGUGAAUCAGGCCUUCAUGGUCGAAUUGCUGCAAAGAAACCACUACUAAAGGACACCAAUAAGAAGAAGAGACUUGCUUGGGCCAAGAAACACGAGCAAUGGACAUUAGACCGGUGGAAAUUUGUCCUUUGGUCUAGAGUCCAAAUUUGAGAUUUUUGGUUCCAACCGCUGUGUCUUUGUGAGACGUGGUGUGGGUAAACGGAUGAUCUCUGCAUGUGCAUUUCCCACCGUAAAGCAUGGAGGAGGAGGUGUUAUGGUGUGGGUGCUUUGCUGGUGACACUGUCUGUGAUUUAUUUAGAAUUCAAGGCACACUUAACCAGCAUGGCUACCACAGCAUUCUGCAGCAAUACGCCAUCCCAUCUGGUUUGGGCUUAGUGGGACUAUCAUUUGUUUUUCAACAGAACAAUGACCCAAUACACCUCCAAGCUGUGUAAGGGCUAUUUGACCAAGAAGGAGAGUGAUGGAGUGCUGCAUCAGAUGACCUGGCCUCCACAAUCCCCCGACCUCAACCCAAUUGAGAUGGUUUGGGAUGAGUUGGACCGCAGAGUGAAGGAAAAGCAGCCAACAAGUGCUCAGCAUAUGUGGCAACUCCUUCAGGACUGUUGGAAAAGCAUUCCAGGUGAAGCUGGUUGAUAGAAUGCCAAGGGUAUGCAAAGCUGUCAUCAAGGCAAAUGGUGGCUAUUUGAAGAAUCUCAAAUAUAAAAUAUAUUUAGAUUUGUUUAACACUUUUUUGGUUACUAUAUGAUUCCAUAUGUGUAUUUUCAUAGUUUUGAUGACUUCACUAUUAUUCUACAAUGUACAUUUUUUUAAAAAAAUAAAGAAAAACCCUUGAAUGAGUAGGUGUUCUAAAACGUUUGACCGGUAGUGUACAUCUGAAUUUUGUCACACAUUUCUCUUCUUCCCUAUCUCCCUCCCUCCCCAAGUGAUUUCUCUCUCACGUGCAGUCAAUCUUUGACAGGGAAAGCCUACAGGGGUCAUUUAAAUGUUUAAUGACUGGCCCCUCUGGCGUGAGGCCGUUAUCAGGUUUUAGCUGCUCUUUUGCCUAUAGUAACAGCUUACUCAGAGAGGCAGCAGCUCCUUGUCACAUUUUCUCUCACACUGUAGCAGAUUCAAGUCCCCAAGCUGCCUGUGUCUAUUAAUCUCCAUCAUUCUUCCCCUCUCCUCUCCCAGCUUGGGAAAAUAGACACGAGCCUAAGUCACAUUCCAUCUCAGGCGACUGA